AUCCUUGUUUGCAAAACAAUGUCAUAAUUCUUGGUAGAAAACAUCAUAUUUGUGAGCAAAUGUGUUUUGGUUAUUGCAUUGAGCCAGGUUUUCAUUUCGAGCAGAUAACACGCUUAAAGGAUGGAAUGAAGUCUUUCAAAUUACCCAGGUUGGGGGCGCCAUGUUGGAUUUUUCCUGUUAUGAAAUUUGCAUUUUAGAUAAAAUUUACUAUAACAUCUACUCUUUUAAAACUUUUUGUUAAUAGAUGACCAAUAGUGCUAAGCUAGUUUGUAAAUAAGCAUUCAAGACAAAAGACAAAACAUAAUGAACAAAAUGAAAAUUUAUAAAAGUGGGGACAGAAGUCACUAGUGUUUAAUAAUAGUUUUUUUUUCUUUAUUUAUUGUUCUUAAAUUGAGUUAGGAGAACAUUGUGCAGCUAAUUUCAUCACAUUUAAGAUACCAUUGAUUAAAAGACUACAUAUUCAGUAUUUCUGGGGCAUUACUUUUGGUAUAGUCCAUGAUUAUAUUCAAAAAAGAAAUGGAGGAGGAAGUAUUUAUUUUGAAGGUGGUAUCCAAGGAGUGAGAAAAUUUGAAAUCAGAAAUAUCAUGUCUCACAGCUUUACAUUCAUAUACAUUUGAAACUAGAAUGAGUACUUGACUAUCUUAAGCAACUACCUUAGUUUAUGGAUCAGGAAACGGAAGGCAAUGUGGUAAAAUUAUUUAUGAAACCUCACUAAUUAGCUGCAGAAUGAGGACAAAAGUUCUCACUUCUGACAGCCAAGCCCAGGGACUUUUUAAAAACUGUCUUAAUUCUUAUAUUUAAAAAAAUGUUAUUUCUGCAAUAGUUAAAAAAUAAUAAAUAUAUGCCCCACAAUCAUGCCAAUUGCAUUAUUCUUUUUGCUUUUUAAAAAAUUUAAUAUAAAAUAUCUCAAAUAUGCCUCAGCACUCCGGAAGAGUGAGGCAAAAGGAUUGCAAGUACAAGCCCACCCUGUGCAAUAUAAUAACUUAAAAUAAAAAUUAAAAAAUUGGCUGGGGAAUGUAGCUCAUUUUAAAGACUACAUUCAAUCCCCAGUACUACCAAAAAAAGAAAAACUCAAAUACACAAAAAACUAUAUAAUAGUUAUCUAUAAACACCAAAAUUAAAAUUUAUUUUGCCACUUUUAGUUCAGAUAACUUGAAAAUAAAAUAAAGCUCAUUACAAACGCAGUUAAUGUACUACUCUGUCUUUCCCCCUUCUUUUCCAAGACAUUUACAUAUAAUCCGGAAGUUUCUAUAUAUUGUUCUUGUGUAUUUUAGUAUUUUCAUUGUGUCUGUGUGUAUCUGUGUUAGAACAUGGGCAUGGAUAUAUGUGUUAUAUCUAUUUGUGGUUCUACUGUUGUGUUCAAAACUUAAAGUACCUAAACCAUCAUCUAUAUUCUAUUGUACUUUUUGUAAUAUUCAGUGUUGUUCUGAGGACAUAUCCAUGUUGGUUCAUAAAUAAUUGCAUAAGUUUUGCACAAGUAACUCAAGGUGAUUUAUCCAUUUCUUAUGAGUGAAAUUUGGGUUAUCUCUGCAGUCUUUCCAUUAUAGCCAUGAUGUAGUAACCUCAUACAGAUAUGUUUAUACAGGUAGUAAAAUAUUUUGGAGGAAGUUACUUAGAAGUAUUGGGUUUAUAGCACCUUUCCUUUACUAAAUGGUGUGAAACACCCUAUAAUCCAUAACAAUUUACUCAAUUAUAAAUCAUGUGGAACAGUAGUUCCAAACUCUAGCUACAGAUGAGAAUCACUUAGGAAACUUUAAAAAUUUACCAGUGUUUAAAUCCUGCCCUAGAGCAAUCAAACCAGAAUCUCUGGAGAUGAAACCUAAAACAGUAUUUGCUUUAACGCUCUCUAGGUGAUUCCAAGGCACAAUUGAUUUGGAUUUUGGUUUCCCCAUUUAUUCUCCACUACUUAGUAUUGUCAGAUAUUCUUAUUUGUUAGCCAUUGAGUAUGAAGACUUUUGAUUGCUAGUGAAGCUGAGUAUAUUAUUAUAAUGUUACUGAGCAUUCCAGCACCUUCUGUUGUGAAUUGUGUUAUAUUUUACCUAUUGUUACUCUUUGCCUUUAUUGUCUUGAAUGAGUAGGUGUACAUUUGCAAGUAUGUACCCUCACUUAUGGACUUAUCUUUCUACAUUGUGGCAUCUUUUAUUAAUAGAAGUUUACAAGUUUUAAUUCAGUUUAUCAAUAUUUUCUUUUGGUUCAUAUUUCAAGGGAUAUUAAGAAAUAUGUUCACCACAUGAUUUAAUAAAUUUGUCUAUAUUUUCUUAGAAAAACUUUGCUGCUACAUUUUCCUAGUGACAUCUUCAGUCUAUCUUGCACUUAUUUGCAUGUAGUAAUAUUUAUCUAAUUGUAAUUGCCGCAGUAUAAUUUACUAACUAGUCUAUCUGGUUUCCAGCCAUGUUGAAAUCCAUAUUAAAUAUUUUUAAAGUUUGUAGGUUAUUUUAAAUAUUCUACAUAAAUGUACAUAAAUAAUUUGUUGUUUUGUAAUAUUUAUAUACUUUUGUUUUCCCUUGCUAUCAUGAUUACGACCUCUUUCCCAGUGUUAAAUGGUAUUGAUACUAGAUAUCAUGUCUUGUUCCAGAUUUUACAUGAAUUACCGCUGACUUUUCAUCAUUAAUUAUAGUAUUUUGUUGGGGUUUUAGUGUAUGAUAUCUUUUGCUGAGAAAGCUUUCUUUUAUUUUUGUUUGCUCAAGUGCUUUAUCAAGAGUGUUUUGAAUUUUAUCAAAUACUUUCUACAUUUAAUGAGAGGCACUUAAGGUUGUUCUCAUUUGAUGUGUUAAUUGGUGAAUUAUAUUAAUAAAUUUUCUAAAGAUAAAACACUUGCAUACUCUAGGAUAAGCCCUACUCUCUCACAGUUUGUAAUAUAUUCAUUCUAAAUUUGAUUUGCUAGUAUUUUCCUUAGAAAUUUUAUAUCCACAAAUGAAAUCGGUCUGUAAUUUUUCUUGCUCAUAUUAUAUUGCUUAUCCUACCUCAUAAAGUCAGGAAGGACUUCCAGUUUAUUUUAUUCUGUGAAAUAGAUUUUACAAGGUUAGAAUUGCAUUUAAUUUCUAAAAUGGUGUAACAUGCCUGAAAGAAUCCUAUAUCUGGUGGGUCUAUGUGUGUUUUCAGCAGACUACUGAUCAGUUUCUCUUACUGUUGAUCAAUUCAACAAUCUUUUAUUCCUUCAUGGGUGAUUUUAAGUUAUAUUUAUGGUGAAUGAAUCAUUUUGGCUAGAUUUUCAAAUCCAUUGGCAUAAAGUUAUUCUCUUAUUAAAAGUUUCUACCUUACCUGAAAUUGUCAUUUUUUUCCUACUAAUAUUAGGAUUACUCCGUUCCCUUAGUCUCUUUUUUGAAAUUAAUUUCACAGUGAUUCUAUUAAUUUAAAAAAUAAAAAAACUUCUUUGAUUCCCAGUUCUACAGUGAAUGACAAAUACUCUCAAUAGUCAAACAAAAAAUUUAUUUGGAUAUAUUAUUGUAAACUUGCAGUUAUUUACUGUCAUUCUAUUAAGAUAUUCCACUGAUUUCUGCUACUUAUUUUUGCUGUUGAGUCUCUGUUGUCUAAUGGUUAUGUCUUGGUGGGUAAUUUAUUUUUUCUCUCAGUUGCUUUUAAGAUUUCUCUUGUCUUUGCUGUGGACAUAUUCAUAUAUGGACAUAUUCAUCGCCACUUUAUAAUUUUAUUUCAGAAAUUCAUGCUAGAUACAUUGAAUAUUUUGUUCAUGUCAUGCUCCCAUCUCAAUAUUUGUCCCUUCUACUCUGGUGUAUUCUAUAUUUCCUCCAAUCCAUCUUUCACUGAUUAUGUCUUUAACCAUGUCUAAGUGACUACCUCCCUAUUUAAUUUGUCAUUCAUUUGCUAUAGUCUUGAUUUCCAAUCUAUUUUCUGUUAUUUUAACCUGUAUUUUUCUUUUCAUACAGUUUGUAUUUCUUUGUCUUAUUAACAAUUAUAGCUAAUAAUCUGUUAGCUAAAACAUUAAAUAAUCUGUUGUCUUGCUAAUUUAUUUAAAGUUCUUAAGAUUCAAAUUCUUGUAUUGUGUCUGAUGAUGUGACUCUUCUCAUGGUAGCUUGCUUCUUCAUUUGAUUUUAUAAUUUUGAAUUAAAAGUACUUCUUUAAAGGGAAAUACUGUAUACAAAUAUGUAGCCAGGGUAGGUAUAAGAAUCCUUCAGAGACAUUUUGCAUUAGUUUCCGAUAUGUGUCAUAAAUGAAGUUUUAGACUUUUUAAAACUUGAACUUUGUGGACCACACACGUAGCCCUGGUUAUAAAUUCUGAAUGGAUACUAACUUUUCCCUUCAGUGAGCAUCUACACAGAGUCAGACGAAUAAUAUGAUUGUGUCCAUUUGCUGGGACACUUCCCCAGCAUCCUACUCUUAGGUAGGAAUGUAAACCUAAGUUUCUAGAGAGACCUGUAAGCUCUCUUAUUACAGUGUCUGUCUGUCUCCAUAAGCUUUUUAGAUAUCCCCACCUCCCACCUGGAUCCCUCUCUCUUGCUCAUUCUUGCUCUUGUGCCCUCUUUUUAGCAAACUCAAUAGUACAUUUGAAACAUUAAGGUCUUUUAUUGCUUAUUGCUGUUGACAGUGUAAAAGUUUUCAGUUUUUCUUGAGGAAAAAACUGCAGAAUAAGAGCACUGUGACCUUUUUUGAUAUUAAAAAAGUCAGAGAAUUUCACAAAUUAUAUUUCGCUGAAAAAGUUUUCUUGCUAGCGUAUGUAGAAAUGGAGACUAUCCAGGAAUCAGCUUGCAAUUUAGUAAAGCAGUGUAACCUGAGUAUAAUACUCAACAACCUUUGAGGAGGUGCAUUCCUUGAAUUUCUACAACAAAAUCAGCUACAACCUGGUGUGUUGAGAAUGCUGAGUAAGGCUUGGGGAAGGGCUUUAAAAUGUUUUCAAGGAGUGUAUUGUGGAGGGAAAAGUAAUAUAUUCUGAAACGAUGCAGGUAAGUUUUGCUUUUUCUUAUUGAGAAACUAGGACAUUUUAAAAGCACUAUAUUUGAAAAGCCCAAGUUCUUUCUAGUUCUAGAAGUUUAUGAUAUUGCCACCACUCAGAAACAUUGUCCCGCCAAAUCUUCUCAUGGACUGCCUGUAUCUUUGUAAUCAAAUCUUAUGUAUUAAGGUUGGCCAAUAUUCUCAAUAUGCAUUCUAUUUCUACCACUUACCACAGCACCCUAAUAAAUCAAGAGAAAUGAAAAUUAUAUUCAGUUUUUCUUCUGCUGUUAAUAUCAGUGUGAUCUGAUUAGCCACAUAUGACAAGUCAAAGUUACUAAUCCCUCAAUUACAGCAUUUUAUCAUUAAGUACUAAAAUAUUAUUCAUUAGGUAAUAGAAAACAAAAUAAUUGAUGGAUUACAGAAAAUGCUAAUGAUUGAAUGCCGUGGACACACAACAUAUUUUACAACAUAUACUAUUAGAACCUUUUAUUACUUCCAUUGAACCGGCUAUAAUUUUGAAACAUUUUGCCCUAAAAUUUGCUUUGGAAGCAACAAGUUAGUAGUAAAUCAAUAAUAAAAUACUGUUGAAAACAAAAGAUUGCUAAAAAAAAAAAAAGAAAAAUACUUUCAACACUUAAUCCCUAAAGUUAUUUCUGAAGCCUCAGCAUAUUAUUUUAAAUUAACUGUCUGAAGCAAAUCAUUAAAAAAAUAAAUCUGUCUCUUUGCUGAAUUCUGUGUGUUUGGAUUGAAGUGCAGUUGAUUGGUAGUUGCCUGACAAGAAGGCUGAUGCUGAGUCUUUUUAUUUUCUUAAUUAAGAAUUACCAUUUUAGGCUCAUGGUGGUUUGCAAUGGCAAUAAUCCCUCCCCAAGCGGUUGUUUCUCUAGAUUCUAAGUGGUUUGCCAGAACUUUAACCUCAACUUGACCCCUCCUGGCUGCAAGAAGGGCUCCAUAAAGGUCAAUAAUAUUUUGUAGAAAAUUAUCAAGCAUGGAACAUACCCUGGAUUAUGUAACUUGCUUUAAAAAUAAUUAUACUGUGUUUGUCAUUUUAAAUAACUGGGUUCAGUGAGGCUAAUGAAAAUGUUUAAAUCCUUAUCUCUUGGAAUGAACAGCCCUGGCUCUAGAAAGUGCUGACUUCAAAUUUUUGUGCUGCUUUUGUUGAUCCUGCCUGCUGAUGCACACGACCCACUGAUGUGUGGCAUUCAUCCAGGUUCUACAUGAAAGGCGCUUCCGGGCCUUACAUGGGCUGCAGCACAUUCCUGUAGUUCUCUAACAAAGCAUCUAAUUGGCGACUGUGACUAAUGAGCGUGAAGUCCCAGAGGAAAUGGAGCAUGGACUUCCACUGCCCUUCCGAUGAGCUCCAAGCUUAGGGUAUAUCAUACUGGAACCAACAGAAGCCAAGGCCAAAGGCUUGACAUGAGCAGUAUUGCUAAUUUCAGUUUAUAUCUUCAUAAACAGGCAUUCAUACUUUUUUUGUUUGUCUUUUUUUUCGUUUUUAUCGGUACCAGGGAUCAAACUCACGACUGCCUGCUUGCAAGGCAGGGGCUUAUGCCGCUGAGCUAAAUCCCCAGCCCCCACAUUCAUACUUCUUACCUAAAUUCUAUUACACUUUUAAUUGUAUUUCCUAUACUUUUGUAGCCAAGACCCUUACUGGCCUUGGCCAUUGAAGUCACGUAAUUCUUUCUAUGAGUUGGAAUUAACCCUACUGUAUCUACAGUGUAGUGUGAGUAUAUUUCUCCAAGCAAAAACUGUCCUUUUUCAAAGGGUAGCAAUCCCAUUCUGCCUGAAAUCACUAGGGAUGAAGGAAGUGCUAGAGGUAGGCCAUACUGAGCUUUGGGAAAAACACUCAUCUGCUCUGAACAGAAAAUGCUGAUACAGAUAGUUGCACUGUGAGAUUUUUUAUUUUUUGUUUUUAAUUUAUACUUUCAAUUAUGUGCCUUGCCAUAGUAUAGCAGAGGAGUGAAUGGGGAUGAUAAAGUAGGUGUGGAACAAGGAAUUCGGUCAUUACCUAUUACUUAUUAUAGUUAGUCAAGGACUUCAGCUGAAUAAGCCCAUUAAGGUCAGGGGCUGCUGGAGCAGGAGGAGAUCUCAGCACUUGUGUUUGAAAGGACACUUUGUGGAUUUUGGUUGACCAGGUUACAGACUUCUGACUGAUAUACAAGUACCUCUUCAGUAAAACUCACUUAAAUGUCUGUAAAGUAUAUAAUAAUUCAAUUCUAAAAUUGUCAUAUUCCAUAACCUGCCUCUCACUGUUGACGUUGGUCUUAAACAGGCAUCUCUCUGCCAUUUUGACUCGUUCCAAUUAUCUCUUGCCCUGACUUUCCGCGUCCUAUCAUUUCUGCUUAUCCAUCUCACUUCACAACUUCCCUUUACCCAUUUUUUAACCCUUAAUUUCAGCUUCCUUUCAUCCUGUCCAGCUUGCCUCGGUCUUUGGAGCUUUCUGCUUUCUCCUGUUGACAUGUCACUGUUUGCUGUGGUUGAUUAUGAUUCGUGGUCUGAGUCCUCUUGUGUCUCCUCUCUUCCUACAGUGCCUUUAACCCCCAAAGCCUCCUUUCUACUUUUGAAAACAAGUCCUGUAUCAUUGGUAUCUGCAACGGAAAUUUGUUGGGUAUUCUCCCCUUGCCAUCUCUUCCAUGUAGGGGGAAAAUGUUGCUAUUUGUAUCCCUCAGUGUGUAAAUUAUAGCUCAACUGUUCAAUGCAAACUUCCUACAUUGGACUUACUGGACUAUUUGAAGUUUUACAAGCUCCACAACUAUGGUAUAAUCUGAGUAACACAGGUUUCCUGUAUAAAAACCUAUGUAAUUAUCAUACACUGGGAAAGUAAUGUUUCAUCAUUCUUCUGGAACAAGAUUGCAGGUUAUUUUAUGACAAUAAUUAGGUUUUGUCUCCUGCAGUAUUUUUUGCGCCAUGAGUCUUUGUAAAAUCUAUAUCAUAGUAGCUAAUGGUAUGAUAGCCAACUUGCAAUGAAAAAUGCAUUUCUAACAAAUGUUUGCCUUGAACAUGGAGUCCAAAAGCAUCAUGAAGUUUAUACACUGUACUUUAGCAACUGAGAUUUAUUUUUUUAAAAAAUUGAGUCCAAUAAACCAUUCAAGAAAGGUAAAUCAAGCUGGAAUAUGGACUGGGAAGAACCAGAAAAGCCUCUAAGUCCUUGCCUGUGAUCCAGCCUGAGCUCAGAGCAGGGAGAACCAGGAAGGAAACUAAGCCCCCAGCUGUGAACCAGCAGUGUUCACAAUAGGGAGAAUCAGAAUGGAAUCAAUGUCCCUGCCUGUCAGCAAGCCUAAAACUAAUAGUCUGAGCAACUAUUUAGAGGGCAACAAUAUGCAAUAUGGUAACUAUUGUAGAUUUCCUACUGUCUAAUCACAAUUUUAUUUCAUUUUAUUUUUGUGUUGUUCCCUUUGAAAUAAAAAUAAAUGCAUAAAGAAAAUAAAAAGAGAUGAAUCAUUCAGCUAUUUAUUAAACUCAGAAUAAUACGCUGAGUGUGGUUGUAUACACCUGUUAUCCCAGCACUUGGAAGGCUGAGGAAAGAAGAUCCCCCAUGAGUGUGAGGCUAGCCUGUGCUUCAUAGUGAGUUCAAGACAGCCUGAACUGCACAGUGAAGCCCUAUCUCAAAAAGAAAAAAAAAAAAAAAAAAUCAAACAAUACUUGGAAUUUUCAUUGUAAAUGGCUUAUAGUAAAUUGUAAAUAAUAUUAAAUUUACUGUGAUUGGAGUAUGUUUUCAGUUCUGUAUGAUUGACCACUCUCUUAAACUUUUACAGCAACAUCUGAGUAAAAUCUCCAGCUAUAUUAUAGUUACUUAAGGUAACCAUAUUUGGAUAUUUGUAAUACCCAAAACAUAUCAUAAAUCAGUGCAAUAACUGGUGAACAUGACUCUUUAAAUUGAGCCUUUUAUUCUUAGGACAUAAGAUUCUGUCUCCCCUUAGAGUGCCUAAAAGUUAGAAAGUUAAGAAUUGUCAAAAGUAGCAAAAUAAGGAUGGGGGUUUAGCUCAGUGGCACAAGCGCCUGCUUGGCAAGCAUGAGGUCCUGAGUUCAAUCACUGGUACCAAAAAAAAAAAGUAGCAAAAUAGUGAUAAUAAUUCUUCCUCGUGGAGGAAUUGAAUAUGUAGCCUUAGUUAAAAAAGUAUACAAUGAUUUAGUUAAAAUACAAAGAAUUAUAAAUGCUCAGUGUUAUUGAAUCGUGAAACAGAAAAUGGUGGAAAUAUAAAAUCAUUUUCCUGGGAGUUCAGCAUCAAGGCACCUAUCUGGCUAGUGUGAGGUUGUUAAGUUCAAGUCUUGGUACAAAAAAAAAAAAAAAAAUCACUGUCUUUAUAGUUCAUUAGAAGAUAAGAUAAAAAAGAUAGAAUCACCAUAUUCAGAUCCAAAGUGGAUUUGGAGACUAUAUUAAGCUUUCCAGAUGUAAGAUUUUGCAGUCAUCAAUAAUAGUUCCCUGUUCUUUGAUUACUGGGUGUUUCUUUUGAGGUAUUUUUAACUUUGGGACACUGAAGCAAAGAUGUUCAAAUUUGUCCUUGGAGUUUCAUACAUCUCUUACCAGAGACAUUUACCAAUCCGGUGUUAUUUAAAGGCCAAAUGGAAGUGUGCUAGAAAUCUAAAGAAAAUGUCAGAAUGAACACAGUAUAGGGAACACGUUUUCACAGAAAUAAUGAUUCCAAGUUUUGUAAUUUAAUUUGCAUGGUUGAAUGAACUCGUCUUUCUCAUUCUCCACAAAUACAGCCCACCACAUCCUGAACUGUAGGCCUUCAGCAAAGCAGCCAACCGCCCAAGUUAGCAUUCCAAAAUCGUGCCCACUCUGCACCCGCAAACCCAAUAUGUUUUUUAAUUAAAAAUUAAUUCUAAACCUACAGGCCUGAGAAAACAGUGGAAGGGAAGAAUUGCUGUAUCUUUCUUUCAGCUAAAAAUGAAAUCACUUAACCAAAAAAAGAGUGUUAGACUUAUACUUUAGUUGGGAGUAUGUGAACUGUCACAGAAAAGAACAGAUCCUGUUCCCUGAAACAUGAGGAAAUAUAAAUUUGGCAUUUUUCUCAGGGAGACUAGGAAAACAAUUCCUUGGAGGAUUUUCUUAUCUUGCUCUUAGAAGUACAGGAUAAGAAUCUGUAUCUGACCUUCAGUGUUCUCAGGCAUUGCUGUAACAACAAUCUGCACAUUUUAGCGGCUGCUCCUUAGAAAGAUACAGGUUUUAGUCACAACACUGUCCUGGGAUGUGCCUUUGAGGGGGAUAGUGGGACGCAAACACCUCCCUGUGCCUCUCUUUUCCUUCUGGACCAUGAUGUGAACGGCUGCCGUGACAAGCUGACUUGCCACAGGCCCAAAGCAGUGAGGCCAAUGGCAUAGGACAAGAACCUCCAAAACUGUGGGCCAGGAAACUUUUCUCUUUAGAAGAUGAUUUGUCUCCACUAUUUGUUAUAGUGAUGUACAGCUGGCUAACACAAGGGUGCCUCUAAUACAGAUAUGUAGAGCUGGAGGGAGCUGCUGGGACAGCUGGAUUCCCACUGCGACACUUGAGUCAGUGAGGAAGAGGAGUGGGAGUGCCCACUCUGGAGAGCCCACGCUGUGCUGUGGGAAGAGAAGAUCUGCUUUCAAUAUUGGCUCAGUUCCCCACAAAUCGUAACAGUCCUGCCCUUACCUCUCCUCCUCACUUCAACCCUGGGAUGAAGGUUGGUCAGAAACGGCAGGGAAGGAGUGAAGGUGGAAGGAAAUGAGGAAUAGAGAGGAGCCCAAGCUGAAGGCAGAAUGUGCCUGCUGGCAGCCUCCACCAGAAGAGGGUAAAAAAGAAUUACCUUUGAGUAAUAAUUCAAGGACAGCAAAAUAUGGAGUUGAGUGUUCUAAUCAUCAGACAAAGACUGUGUUUUGUUACCUGCUGUACACAUGGAACUUUUUCUUAACUAGAAAUGAUCAGAAGAUCAUGAUUUUGCCUAACUUUUACCAGGGGCAAAGGAAAAACUGAUUGCUUAGAUUAAAUUUAGAGAUGCAAUGAUCCAGGAGGAAAAAACAAUGAUCUUUAUGACCAAAGCUGACAUAGCUAUUCAUUCAGUGAGUCAUUUACAUUUGAAUUCUGGUACAUCGCCUUAAGAGAAGUACAAACGAAGUGCUCUGAUAAAUCCAUAAGAGAGCAUUGUGCUCGCUUCUAGCCAAAGUGGAAGUCUCCUAAGGAAAGUCUUCAUGGAGAAGGCAUACAGGUCAUACCUAGCAAAUAAAGGGGUUUGAAUACACAUGUGGAUGAAGCACUGUCAAAGACAUUUUAGAAGAACAAAUAUCAAGGAGAUAGAAAAGCAUAGCAGAUGCAGGAAAAAGAGCAAUUAGUUCCAUUUGGUUGAAGCCAAGCAUGGGGCAAUAACAGGAAAUAAGGUGGAAAUGUUGGCUUCCAGUUUGGACAAAAUGCGUGUAAGUGGUGCUUGAAGCUCUGGCAUGGUCUGUAUAGAAAAAGCAUGGUGUGGGGGACAAGGCAAGUAACCAAAGCCAAGGGGAAUCUUUGCAGUUGGAAUGAGGUAGACAAAUGUCUGCCUUAGAGUGCAGUGAGGUAUUGGCCACUAGCUUCUGCUUAGACCAGAUUGGCAUCCAAGGCAAGAAAUUGUAGCAGUGGGAUGAGAAAUUCAAUAACUGUGCUUGCAGGAGGUGGUCUCAGCUUGAAAUAGCAUUAACAAUCAAAUCAAUAUAAACAGAAAUAGUUUCUUUGUGAAUAGACAACUACAACAAUCUAUGGGUCUGAUAAGUAAUUUGACUUCUCAAAGCCUCACUUUUCCCAUCAAUGGUAAUAAUAUUAAUAAUAAACCAAAUAAUCGAUUUAUCAAUUAUCUAACAACCUUCUGGCACAUGUUUGGUGACCAAAAGCUGUUUCCCAUCUCUUUCCUUCAAGAGAAGGAGGGGGAUGGGAAUUCUGAGCAGGCUGCUAUUCAAUGUCUGCUCCCCGAGUGAGGAAUCUAAAGGAAAGAUCAGAAAGCCAAAGAAGAUUCUUUUGUUUCAUGUACUAAGCUGUCAGGCGGAAUUGGAGGAAGGUCAGUGAGUUUUAGAUACCCUAAUGCAGAACUGCAGGUGAUAGAGUUUAUGUCCACAAGACUAUUUCAGUUCUCAGCCUACUGGCCUGGGCAGGAUUGCCAUGGAGAUUGAGUUGUGCUCAGUUUGCAGGGCACAAGCUCUCUAUUUAAAGUGCUUAGAGAGACAGAACUAGAAUGGGUAAUGGGGUUUGGGGUAAACCAAAGGGUUUAAAUAUCACUCCAGUGCAGGCUUGUAGGACAGGCUGGAGUAGAGGACAGACUUAAGACUCCCCAACAUCCAAGCAGUGAUAAGGCUGGCAAGGUGACAGGUGGGGUAGCCCAGAUGAUGAAAGCACACAGAUCCAGGCCUGAGGUCAAGAGGGACGGUGAGCAUCAGGACAUCAGGGGUGAUGGUCAGAGCUUCACCGCUAACCUUUCUGAGCCUUCAAAUAGGCUUCAAGUGAUACAUCCCGUGCCAUAGGAUAUGAUCUGAAAUAUCAUUUAUCCAUAAUUUAGCCAUAACAUAAAUGUAAAUUUAAAAAUGGUCUUUGGGCAGUCCAUAUAGACAUUAUUUCAAUAUCAUGCUAAAAACAUAAGGCCGUAGUCUUCUGCAAGUUCUUCAUUCGUGGUACCUAACAAUUCCUGACUUACAAUGGUCUGAUUUUACAUGGCGCAAAAACUAUAUGCACUCAGCAGAAACUGUCCUUCAGAAUGGCUUUUUUUUUUUCCUUUCAUUUUUUUGGUGGUGAGGAUUAAAUUUAGGGCCUUCAUUUGCUAAGCAGUCACUCUACCACUGACCUGUACUUCCUGGCCCUUCCCUUAUCAUUUGAACUUUGAAUUUGGGUCUUUUCCCAGACUGGCACUGCAUGAUCCAGUUGCAAUACAAGUCAUCCCUAUGAUCACAAGGGAGACAAUCAGGUAUUCUACAAGGUACCUUACUGCUAAGCUAAAAUUGUUCAGGAGGUUAGAGAUAUCCAAUGCAGUUUGGACAUAGAUGCAAUUUAUGUUGGGUUUAUCAGAAAGUAACCCUCUAUAAUCCCAUCAUGAAUCAAGGAGCAUCUAUACUUACAUUGGACAUGAUUUUAAUACAUUUGACAUUCUGGUUACUCCUGCCAGAGAACUGAAGUUGCAAAUUAAGGAGAAGCAUUAGAGUACAACAUUCACACAUAUGGCAGAGAACAGGCAAGAAUGAAGAUCCCACUACAAAAAGGAGAUAGAAACAGCAGAGAAAUUAUUUUCAAAGUAGCAUAUGGAUCCAUUCAGUGUAGAGACAAAGAAUAUACACAUCUUCAUAUGCUCUGGGAAUCUACUCAUAUAUUUUGCUGUAGUUUCUGAAGUCUCCAAACAUAAUGAGUAAUUAAUGUUUUCAAGGCUAUUUCUGGGUCAUCAAGAAAUGGAUAAAUUGUGUUCAGAAGACACUAUUUUAAAAGAGGAAGGGAUGAGGAAUGGAAUAAAUAUUUAAGUUUCAUACAAAAUUAUAAACUUUUAAAAUUGGUAUUUUCAAGGGCAUAAAUAUUCACUAUGUGAACAUUCAUUUAUCCAAUAUUUGUGUCUUAUAGAUCACAUUAUUCUUACUUAGUAAUAGGACUCUAAAAUAUGAAGACUUAAAGGGGUACAGAUAUAUCUAAAUAUAGCCAAGUGGAAAUUCAUCUUUAAAGGAUAUUAACUUGUCGAUGAUCCUACCUUUACUAAAAAUACGUUUAUACUUGGUAUUUUUAUGGUUUAUAUCUAAAUGUCCCCCAGGAUCCUCCUGCACUCAUAGGCAGGACUUUUGGAAGGUAAUUGGAUUAUAGCUGAAUUGAUAUUAAGGGGCAGAGUCUGGUCAGAUGAGGCAGGUCACUAGGGGUGUCACUUGGAAGGGUUUUAUCUUCCUCUCUAUCUCAUUCUCUGCCUCUUGGCUGUCACAAGGUGAGCAGGUCUCUUGUGCCACGCUUUUUUGGAGCCAGCCAACUGUGGACUAAAACCUCUACAAACCAUGAGCCAAAAUAAACCUCUCCUCCUUUAGGUUGUGGGUGUCAAGUAUUGCAUCUGAAUGACAAGGAAAGUGACUAAAACAAGGCUUCUUGUUGAGCUUAUAAUAAUAUAAGGCAACAACUUCCUUUGGAAUCUCACCUUGAUUAUUUGCAUAGAAAACUCCCAGCACCAAUAACAAAGUAUUCUUUUUUUUUUUUUUUUUUUGUCUUUGUCUUUUUAUCAGUACUAGGGAUCGAACUCACAACUGCCUGCUUGCAAGGCAGGCUCUUAUACCGCUGAGCUAAAUCCCCAGCCCCAACAAAGUAUUCUAAGUCUAGUUCUUCAGGAAACAGUGGAUGGGCAUCUAACUAGCACUGUGUUCUAACAGAGAGACUCUGCAUGGCCCUCGCAAUUAACUCAAAGUGUAUUAAAUCACCUGUAUUAUUCAUGAAGCAUGUUCUUUCCGCUUACAAAAACACUGAACCUACCCAUAAGGUCAAAAUGUUGGAAACAUUGGAAGUUUCUUUUUCAAGUAUACCAUAAUCUGGUGUCAGAGUUCAAAGCUUAAAAGCAGAGGUGACUUAAAUGAUGACAGCAUCAUUAAAGUAAGAUAAUCCCUUUGAAGGCGACUACACUUAUUUAAUUAGUUAGCUCUAGUAUAUUUGCUAAAAGGAUCCUUCUCAUGGAAUCACCUUUGAGAGAGCACUGAUAAGGUCUUUCAGAAGGAAAAACAUUGUCUGUCAGUCUCCUCAUCACCCUCAUAACACAGCAGCUCCAGAGCCCGAGAGUUGCAGAGAGGAUCCACAGGUGUCAGCCCCAGGCAGCCAGGUGUGACAAUGACUGAAUCCCACAGAAGUUGAUGACUGCAAUAGGAGAAUUAGCAUCUGCUCGAAGCCAAGAUGCCUGGGCUUGUAGCAGAGCAUCCCUAAGCAUCAGAAGAGCACUGUCCCCGCGGGGACUCAGAGCAGAGAAGGAUGUAUUGCAUUGAGCGUUUUCUCCUGUCAGAUCCAGGACUGCCCUGGACAUCACAUGGCAUUUGAGCAAACCUGCUUUCCUCGAGAUUCCCAGCACCGCUUAGGUGGGCCUCGUCCCACAACCUUUUGCACAGCCUUUGUUUUUUAAACUCUUAUGCCCUGAGCUCAUUUUUGCAUGUGUAAUACUUUAUUAUAUAAGUCAUUUGUAUUUCCAACCAGGAUAUACCAAACCUAAACUUGAAAAUAGUAGAGAUGUUAGGUUUGGAAAGUUUCAGCAUCACAGACAUUCUGUUCAUCUUAAAGACUGAGCAUGAAGACGUUACUGUUUAUCCUCUUCCUAAGCUGAUGUCAUGACAGUUUACUAAACGCACUCCUUUUUUUCCGGUAGUUUUAAAAAAACAAGGCUUAAAUUGACCUCAACUCAUGCUCAGGUUUUCAAAUGCACAAAUGAAUUCUGUUGGACUAUGUUAAGGUGCAAAAAAAAAAAAAAAAUUUGUUUUUAUUUAAAUGAUUGUGCAUUAAGUACCAUUUAAAUACUACAUAUAUAAAGAAUAAAUAUUACACUUUAAAUAGCAUUUAAAAUAUAAAAGUACUAUAGUAUUCAUGUAGGUUUUAAAAACAGGAAUUAAGAAAAAGCCAUUCUUGGGGCUGGGGAUUUAGCUCAGCGGCAUAAGCACCUGCCUUGCAAGCAGGCAGUCGUGAGUUCGAUCCCUGGUACCGAUAAAAAGGAAAAAAGACAAAAAAAAAAAAAAAAAGAAAAAAAGAAAAAGCCAUUCUUAACAUAGCAACAAAAAGAUUCUUCUCAGCAUUAGUCAUGAAUAGCUUACUUCUGGACUUCUGGCUCAUUAGUUUUUUUUUUUUUUUUUCUUAUUGUAUUUGCUAUUAUUAUGUAUGUAAUCAGAUUUUUUUGACACUAGUAAUCAAACUCCAGACCCUGCGCUUGCCAAGCAGGCACUGUGCCACUGAGCUACAUCCGCAGCAAUGAUUUUUUUUUCUUAAAAUGAAAUGUUUUCAGGCUAUUAUAAGCUAUUUGUAGACAUAGCAUUAAUGGCUGCAUGCUUUUCUAUAAAAUGAAUACUCCAUGAUUGACUUUGCUAAUUUUUUCUUUUCUUAACCAAUUUUUCUAUGCAUUUAUGUUUACAUGUCUUUAUUUACAUAUAAAAAAGACUUCAUUGGACAUUUAUAUACCAUCAACCUCCCAUAUCUAGAGUUAUUUCCUUGAGAUCCAUACCCAGAAGUGUCAUAGGUCAAAAUUGUAAUUAUAUAAUAUGUAUUUUUGACAAAAGUCACAUUUAAUUUACAGUGUAAUAAAGGUUACAGGUAAAAAUCUACCUAUAAAGUGUGAAAAGCCCUAUUGCACAAAUGUACAAAUCUCUGUACCAAGCUCCUAUCAAUGUUUCCUACCUCUGUCUCCUGUUAGCCAAGUCUAGUCUUGGAGCUCUGAGCAAACAGAGUUCUCAACUGAGGGGGAAGAGCCUCCAAACCAACAGUUAAAAUUUUCUCUGGAGAGACAUCGGUUGCUUGCAAAAUAAAAUAUUUUCUUUUAAAUUUGAAUUCACCUAAUUGGUCAUAGCCUGGGGAAAAAAUUGCCUUCAUAACACAAUGAAAACCAGGCACAGUGGUGGAUGCCUAUAAUCCUAGCACUUGGGAAGCUGAGGCAGGAAGAUCGCUGUGAGUUCCAGGCCAGCCUGUACUGCAUAGCAAGACCCUGUCUCAAAAGCAAAAACAAAAACAUAACACACUGAAAAAUGCCUUAGAGAGUAGAGGAUAGUACUCUGGAACUAAAUGAGAAAUUUAGGCUCAGGUUUGACGAGAAAACAAGUACAGUUCAAACAGUACUGCAAGUUAAAAACUAUAAACCUGCACUGGGCACAGACAAAAGGAAAUAAAAAUGUUCUUAUUCCACUAAAAAGGACAAAAGACAAAAGCCUAACAUUGGAACCUCAAAACCACUGACCCAGGAAAACAUUUUUGAAUUUUAAGUUUAGCUUAACUUUCAAAUGCCAAAUUAGUGAUACCUAGCUAAAGAAGUGCUUAGAAGAAAAGUCGUAGCAGUGUGUUUGUUAUAUAAGAGAGAGAGCUCAGUUGGGUAGUCCAGACUUCUACCUCCACAAACUAUGCAGGAAAAAAAAAAUAUUGCAAUGAAAGCAGAAAGAAGAAAAUCAUAAAUAGGAGAUAUCAAUAAAAUCAAAAACAUAAACAGAAUAAAGAAAAUAAUUGGAGAUAAGAACUACAACUUUUGGCCUAAAAAAUAAUAAAAUUGAUGAAAUUUUAAAAAGACUGACAAGUUCAAAAGAGAAAAUACUGCAAGUAUCAAAAAUUAAAGAGAGAGUGUUCCUGCAGAUCUCACAUACAGGGUAAAGCUAACCCUGUGUAAAUUUUGUUACACAGGUGAAAUGAACCCAUUCCUUAAAUUAAACAUAGCAAAACAAUAAAAUUGAUCAUAAGAUAACAAUGUCAGAGAUACAGAUUUCAAAGCAAGACAAGCGGAGAUCUUCACUGUCUAUCACAUUGUCGCUUGUUUUCUUCCAAAUAGCUGUCCAUAUCUUCACACACAAUGAAUUCAUACAAAACAAAAUAGUAUAGAACUGAUCAGAACAGGACAAUGAAGGCAUUUUAGGUCUUCAAGACCAGACAAUAAGGAAGUCAACAAUGGCUGCCGUAUUGUCUCUCAUUCUCUUCAAAAUGGCUGUCCAUACCUCCAUGUAUGUUGAAAUUAAACAAAGCAAAACAGACUAAAAUCACUGAACAAAGAAUAAUAGUUUUGCUGGAUUUCACAUCAUGAUGUUACAAAAUCAGCAAUGGGCACCUUAGUGUCUCUUUUUCUUCAAAGUAGCUGUUAUUUCAACGUGCACUAUAUUAUCAAUUCUCAUAAACUUUUUAGAAGUUCUAUGCAUGCAUGAGUCUCUACAUAUAUACCUAUCCUUUCUGUAUUAGAGGGAAAAACAAAACAAACCAAGACCCUUUAAAAUAAAAAAAGGAAAAAAAAGACAAGUCAAAUUCCUAAUGAGAUGAAAAAGACAUGUAAACAACAAUAGCAAAGAGCCCAGUACACUGACAAUAUCAAAACAAGGUGGUAUGAGCAUGACUAGGAUUAUUUUACAUAAUGAUCUUCAAGAGUUCCUCAGAUCACUAUACAAUAAUAAGCACAAUUGUUCCAUCCCUAUGAAUGUUAACUAUUUUGUUCCAAGAACUUAAGUUUGUAGCACAAUCAUUUUAGCUUUCCUAAGUGUGUUUAUAUAAUUUUAGGCACUUUUUCUUUUCCCUUCUUUUUUCUUUUUCCUUUUCGUCCCUGAGAUAUUAUUUUUCCCCUUUAAGCAGAUUCUUAUCCUUUCACUGUAAUUAUUGAGUUUUUGUAGUUUAAAAUCUUGCAAAAGAGAAAGUCCUAAAACCAGAUGUCCUCACUGUAAUUUCUACCAAAUCAAGAAGAAAUGUUACUAAUUCUUCAUAAUCUCUUCCAGAAAAGAACACUUCUUACUGACUCAGUAAGGCUACUGUUACUUUAAUAUCAAAACCAAAGACAUUACAGUGAAAAAUUUUUAGAGUAAUAUCUUUAUUGAGUUCAGUUUUAAGAAUUUCCAACUCUAAUAUUAGCAAAUCUAGGGCAAAAAUACAUUGGAAACAAGAGUAAUAUACAACAAAGUGGAUUUUACCUGGAAAUGCCAAAAUUAUUCAAUACUUGAAAGUCAGAUUAUUCUAUAAUAUUGACAAGCCAAGGAGACACAUAAAACAGAGAAAGCAUUUAACAAAGUUCAGUAUCCUUUCCGAGGAAGAAAAGGCUUCUUCCUCAACCUGAUAGAAGCACUCAAGGAUCCCUACAGUUAGUACCUGAAGGGGAAAAAUGGAAGGCUUCCCCUGAGAUCAGGAACAAGGUGAAGAUAUCUACUCUUACCAGUUUUAUUCUCCGUAAAAGAGUCCGAGAGCAACAAAAAGAAGUAAAAAAGCACUCAAACAAAAAUUAGGAAGUAAAACUUUCUUUAUACACAUAUAAUGUGAUUACUCACACAGAACAUCCCAAAGAAUCUACAAAACAAUUUCCAUGACUAAGUGAACUAAAUAAAGUGUCAGAAUACAAAGCCAACACUCAAAAAUCAAUUGUAUGCCAGCAAACAAUGAUGGUACUAAAUACUUUCUAAAUAUCAUUCAGGAAUAUUAGCUACACAAAGACGGAAUAGAGAAAAAAUCUAACAGCACAAAACAGUUUGUACUAACCAGCUCUUCUUCCUCUCCUCCUUUUUCUUACCCAUUUGCUCAGAGGAGUCAUUUUCAUUCUAUAUCCAUUAUAUACCUAAAGUUUCUUUUUUCACUGAGAUAUUUGUGGUUUUUGAAUUUUGCCAGGUCCAUUGUAAAAGGUUCAAUAUCCCCUCAAAAGAAUCAACCAGUUUAUUUCUCUGAGUGGUAUCCAUCCUGUCAGAGAAGUGCUUAAGACCAACAACUAAUCCUGGAUGCUGAGUCACCCAGAGCCAAAGCAAUUCAAAGGAAGGCAGAUGUCUGCCCAAACUGUGUUCUCUGGGUAGAACUCAGCUUUGUAAAGCCUAGAUCACCCUUCUGCACUGAAUACCUAAGUUGGGAUAGAAAAGCAUCCCAUUUUAGUAUAAAAAUUUCAGAUCCACUCAGUGAUGAGCUGAUCCUCUUUUUCUCUAAAACCUUUCUCUACUAUGCAAUUUGGUAUGAAACAGGUAUGAUUAUUCUUCUAUACAACAAAAGUUCCUGGACUUUGAAUGUGUAUUCUCUGACCCAGGAGGUCCCUAUGUUCCUAUCCAGUAGAUAGUUUCAUUCACAGAUGAGCUGUGUUGGUGGUGAAAGAGUAUGUUCAGCAUUAUUCUUAAACCUGACUGAGAUGAUUGCAGUUGCUGGGGGUUGGAUCAUAUCUCCUGCGUAGGGAUUUUCACUGCAGUCCCAAUCCCUCCCUGGACAGAACAGCCAUGGUCUAGUUAACAUUCAGGCACUGUCCUUUAGCAAACAUGUAUCCAGAGCUUGUCAAGCUUGUGAUAUCAAAAAGCCAUGGAUGAUAAAAACAAUUUUUAUCUGUUUUGAUCAUUUGGGAGGAGCCAGAUCAACACAUAAAGCUUAUAGGUCUAUGUUAUAUGUUUAUAUAAUGUUACUUUAAUUGACAUUAAAAUUUGGAACUAAGUGGCUUGUGAAAAUUUUGUUGAUAUGAAAUAUGUUCAGAUUCUGAGGCUGACUUCAGAGAGUCUAUUUAGUCUACAGGACAGCUGGAGUGUGAGACCUUAGCAUCACAUACAACUUUAUUUCUCCAGAAAAAUGAGUUCCACUUUCAAACAGAAAACAGUAGGCACACAUUUGUCCAGCCAGGCCGCUAGAAAAGGGACCCAUCGCCAUCUAACUGGCUUAUCUUCGGGUGAGGGUAAUAGUGAUAUGUCUUUUACUGGAAUUAAUUUUUUUACAGAAGUUAAACAUCUGCCAUAGUUUUAUCACACCUCCUAUGUAACCAUCUGUGGAGACUGAAAUCUUCAGGUCCUGAGUUCCCAUUGUGUCCCCCUCUGUCCUCCCUCUUCUGUUCCAACUGUGUCAGCCCCAUCCUUAGAACCUGGGCCUGGGAUCCAUUUCUUCAGGGGAUUUACCAAGUAUGGAGGGUGACAUACAUGUGGGGUUUAUGACAAGGAGUGACCAGAUAGGGGGGAGGGUUUCCUCCCAGUUCCAGCUCCACAGUCCUUGUGCGGAUCCCAGUGGCAGCAGUAGCUUUUCACUGACUUGCACAAUUCAGAAAUUGGGCCCUGCCUUCCUAAACAACAUGUAUUUCAUGUAGGAGAGUGUGGACACGUCCAACAGCAAAGGUGUAGAAACGGUUGGGCUUUUGUGUCUCACAGUAAUGGAAGAAGUUCCAUAAUAGAAAAGGACAGCCGGGAAGGCUGGAUGAGGGAUGAGACCGGAUGCAGUGACCUUGCAAGGGGAAGGGGGCAGGAAGCUUAGAAAACUUGAGUAAGACAGGGGGAGGAGUAUUAACUUUGUUCAGGAUCUAGGGUUUAAACUAGAACCUGACCAAGAUAAAAUUGUCUUGUGCAUAUUAAGAACCAAGGUUUGGGGCCAGGGAUUUAGCUCAGUAGCAUAAGCGCCUGCCUGGCAAGUGCAAAGUCCUGAGUUCAAUCCCUGGUACCAAAAACAAACAAACAAAAAAAGAACCAAGGUUUGAUUUGGGAACUACUUAGAAACCAGCCUAUUGAAGACAGUAUGAUUUUUGGUUGGGGAAAAAAAGAAAUUUAUUGACUAGGUGGAAAUGAAAAUUUGUUAAAAAUAUGUAUUUCUCAUGGUUAGGGUUAGUUUACCAGCCCGAUGAAAUUUUCCACCUGGACCAGGUAGACACUAUGUUAUACACUGGCUGUCCUAUGGAGACCGAUGUUGUCUAACAGGGAUAUACUACAAACCACAUAUGUAAUGAAGACUUUCUGGUAGUCACAUUAAAAACAAAAGAGAGAGAUGAAACUGAUUUUCAAUAACGUUUUAUUUAAUGCAAUUGCUAUGGUGCAAAUGAUUGUAUUCUCCACAAUCCUUGCUUUAAAAUUCAAUCACCAAGGUGAUAGUGUUGGUAGAGUUUUGUGCUUCAGUUACAAAGGCAGAUUCUCAUGGUGGAUUAGAGUCUAUAAAGGGGGUCUCAGAGCACUGUUUUAUCCUCUCUGCCAUGUGAGGGCUCAAAAACAAUGUAGUAUCUGUGUUGCAGUAAGGGUUUGCUAGGGAAUAGACUGAAUACAGGACACAUAAUUUGUAGCACUAUUUUAUAAUAUUCAUCAAGAAUCAGAUGCAGAAGAGUGCAGAUCUGCCCAUGUUCUAGAGACUCGGAGAAUCCAGCUGAAGCCCUGGAUUCCACAGCAGUGUUCUGCAUGAGUCCAGCUGAAGAUCUAAAGUCCACAGCAUUGUCCUUCUUGAUUCCAGCUGGAGGCUGAAAGCCCACGUUAAUGUCUCAUGUAAGACUGUAUCAAGGAUCUGCACUGGGAAGGCCUAAAAGCAGGUAGUGAAAACUACAAAAUAGUGCCAGCAAGACUAAGGAUCUGUGCCUAAAGGCUGAGGGGUCUGCCCUGGAGUCAGGAAGCGACACUUGAAGUAAGGCCCAAAGCUCCCUCAAAGAGAACCACAGCCAUUCUCAGUGACAGCAGGGACCCAAGGUCCUCAGACAAUGAGAGAAGCUGAGUUCAUAUCAGGAAAACCAGCAUGCCAGGCUUUUAAGGGAGAAUCAACAGCUUUGCCUCGUCCCCUCCAGUUCUCCUUUAUGCUGUUGGCAACAAUCCUCAAGUGGGCCUUCCACACCCAGAACCCAGCUGACUCAGUUCAGCUGGGUGUUACAAGUUGACCCUUAGUUAACCCAUCACAAUCUGUAAACCCAAAAAUGAGUUGUCAUUAGAUAUCCAACCUGCUCAUUCCUUGAUCUUAGGAUCCCAGCCUCCAGAAGUGUGAAGAACAGGUUGUUUAUAAGCUAUCCGUGCUACAGUAUUUUGUUAGAGCAGCCCAAACAGACUAAAGCACCACAUGUACAAAAUAUUAGUUCAACGUGUAGCAAUUUAUAAAAAUGUUAAUGAUAUGUUCUGCUCUCUUCUUUAUACUGUCUUUAGAAUUGACAUGUGCAUGUUAUAUUCACAGCAUAAACCAAUUCAGACAUUAAGUUUUAUUAGAAAUACCUGAUAUGUAUUUAUAUUACAUAAAAUUUGUAAUUGAAAAAGGAGAUUCACAUACUCAGGUUGUUCCAAAUGUACCUCCAGAUUGUUAAAGAGAAAAUUCUUUAGACCAAUAGAAUCCACAAAAAUUAACCAGAGCAUUUUCUGAGAACUCCAACAAUCUGAUCAGAGAGCAUUUUUAGGAAAACAGAAAUAAGGCACACACACACACACAAAAACACCUGGAUUGACUACAGUCAAAUCAAUCGGUUACAAUUUAACCAGUUAACUGUUUAUCACUUCAUUAGUUAAUUUUGGCUUCAUUGUUAAUUGCAACCAAUCACAGCCUAGUGACUCUGAUUAAAUGCUGUAUCAGUUUUUCUACUGGGCCCAGUGUUGGUGUCCAGUCCAAAUCCAUAGCCUUGUACAAAAUCUUAUUUAACAAGCUUUUCCAAUAAUUGAAUCAAGUACUGUCCUCCCUUGGUAGUCUUCUGCUUUGAACCUCCUUGAAUUUCAUAUUCAACACAUUUUGAUGCGGAGCUUUUAUCCUGGUUCUCAUCAUUUGUUGAAGUAUGAGAUAGAAUUUAACAGUGUCCAUAGCUUGUGACUUACACCCUUUUCCUGUGAAAAUAAAUUGUUUGGUACUCAUGAUUUGUGUUGUCUCCCAAAACCAAUUAAUGGUGAAUAGUGUAGAAUUUUUUAAUACAAUUUUGUAGAUUAAAGGACUUGGACUAGGAUAUCUUCCUCUGACAUCUAACAUGCAUCUCUAUUUUGGGAGACUGUAUGGCCCAACAUACUUAGGGGUGGUUUUCUGAUAGGUAAGACAGUGUCAAGCCUGUAACUUGAGACAGAUAAUAUGGCUUAGAAAAAUGACAACAGGGGCAAAUGGGACACACAGAAGAGCUGGCCAAAGAAUGAAGUUACCAAAGAUGCCAGACAGUAUAAGAACAGACAGGAGGGCAGACAGUAACUCUCAAUCUUAACACCAUCAAGAGUUUGAGCAGAAUAAACUAGUGUGGCUCCCAGGGUGUCAUGUGACCAAGAACUACAGUUACCAUUGUCCUUGUGAGUAUAAUACCAAAAGUGACUUAAAAAGAAAAAUCUGAUCCCUGUUCUUGAUGCUUAAAGGCUAUAAUAUAUUUCAGGAAGAGAAAAGGAAUUUAUUACCCAUGUCAAAGACCAAAAUUGCAAUCAUCUGCAGCAGGGGAAAAAACAUUAAUUCAGAUAGUGUUGAAAUUUUUUUCUACACCAUUAAAAAGUAGAAGGCAGAGAGGACAAAUAACAGUGAGCCGUUUACUAGCCGUCUCAGUAGGCUCUAGCGGUGCAAAGCACACAGAGAUGUACAGCGGCGGCCAGAGCUGAAGAAGCUGAAACAAAGGAGGUGUCUGCAUCGCUGCAUAGAAAUCACAUGAAACAGGAAAGCUACUCAAAACCCUGUGCACACACAGCUGUAGGCAUCUGCUUAUUGUGUGAUCCCCCAGGCAAUGGGCUUUUGCUCCUUCUAAACAUGUUCCUCUUCAUUUGGGGGACUCCACUACCUUCUGCUUCUCUAACUUACUACCAAACUAACCCUCCCAAUGGGAGUACAUUCAGUCUCAUUAAGAACUAGGAUUUCACUGAUUCAGCUCAUCACCACUGAAAUGGACCAGGCAUGUGACAGGCGAGGGGCGUGAUGGAAAACUACAGUGUGUGUUUAAACUUUAAAUAUGGUUUCUAAACUGUAUUGCAGCAAAAGACACAUUGCUCUUAGUCUCCUUCAAAAUAUACCCCCUCACUUCAAACACACUGAUUCUGUCCUUGCCACUUUUUGAAGCCGUUCUUGAAAUCUUUGAUGAAUGUCUUUAGGAGAUACAAUAAAAAGUAUGGUGCAUGCUCCAGCCAAGUGCCAUCCAACAGAAAGGCAGACUUGUAAAAUCCACUGUGGUGCGUCCCCAUCCACCUUAUGCAUCUAAUCCAGCACUGUGCAACUUCUGGCUCUUCCCUAAAGUCAAAAUGGCCGUGAAGAGUGAAUGUCCGUGAAAGGCAGCCACAACAGCACAAUGAAGGACACAAAAAGAGAACUCAGAACUGCUUCAGGAAGUGGUACAGUCAGGCAUGGUAGUGCAUGCCCAUAACCCAACUGGAGACAGGAAGAUCCCUGCGAGUUCCAGGCCAGCCUGGGCUACAAAGUGAGUUUGAGGACAGUCUGACCUGUGUGGCAAAACUCUGUCUCAAAAAGACAGACAAACAGACAGAAAAAAGAAAGACAAGACGAUAGUACAAAUGAUGUGUUCAAAGCAAGGGAGAAUACUUUGCAGGUGAUUAAUGACAGUGUGUCUUGUACUGCAAUAAUUGUUUUAUUUAAACACACCAUUUUUCUGCCACAUCUGACAAAAACCAAAUCCUUUAUGUACUAAAACUUUAUCAAUUUAAUUAUAUUUAUCUUACUAUUGCUUGCAUCCUUUUGUUUCUCACUGUUCAAUUCAGAUUAGAUAGUUGUAAAUCUAGUCCGGUACUGUAGAUAGUGAAGUUGUAUGAGGGGUGAUUAAAACAUACAGUGAAUAUUUAAAUGUUUUCCUUUUUAAAUUUAUUAUAGUAAAAGACACAUUGCCAUUAAACCACCUCAAGAUAUUCAAAAUACUUGCCUCUCUUCGAACACACCCUGUUGUUCUUGGCAAUGUGCCUUUCGUUGUGUUGUCUUUAAAUUUUAGAUAUUCAUCGUAUUUUUCAAUCACCCUUGUAGUCAUACAUUUAUUCCAAUAUUAAAAUGCUUUUUCAAUGUUCAAGGAAUAAAUUUUCAAAGCAUGAUUGUCAUUUUGUCAGUCAUCUAAAACACAUCAAUAGUUCAAACGUCUUUAACUGGUAAAUACUAGGAAAACAGAGCACAAAAUAUUUAUACUUGUAAAAGGAAAGGUGGAGGAAAAUAAAAAGCUGCUAAGCAAACAUUAGUUCAGCAUUAGUUUGCUGAGGGAGGAGCUGCACAUUUUAAUACAUUUACAAAGUCACAUAUCUGCUCUGCCUUCAUGGUUUCAUGGUUGUUUGCAAAGACCAGAGGCACAAUUAUUAUUGCCUUAAUUUUGUGAUUCAUGUAAAUUCCUAGAGAGAAAGCAAUGCAACGUGACUUUUCCAAGUAAGAAAUCAAAAAGUCCCGGUUUAAAGACCACUAGGGUGAAGCAGGAUGUGAAAUCCAUGCCUUUGCUGAAUAGAUAGGAAGGAGGUGAUGCAUUUUUAAAUGAUCCUUUUUAUAGCCACAAAUUUGAAAUGGCAGGAUUUGGAGUACAAUGGCAGAUGGAGUAUCUUCAGGACACUUUCCGCCAGUUUUGCUAUUCUUGGAUGUUUUGUGCUUUCCUCUUCCUCCGGUCCUCCAAGUCACUCUAUGUUAUCUGUUUUCUCUCACUGGCCUGGCCUCUCCUUCCUCUCUCAUAUGCCUUAUAAUGUACAUAUCCUGCUGCCUGGUACUGCUUUCCAGGCCUAGACAAAGAGCUAUUUAUGGCAGCCAAGUCAUCACAAUGGUUUUGUAAAUAAGGAACUUAGCUGAGUUAAUGAUUAUCAUCUUAUUUGGGUUUCACUGUAGAUCAAAGAGCAGUUUGGAAUUUGAUUUACUAUGAGAUCGAAAGUUUUAGCAUUCUUAUUUUGGAGUUGCAAAGAAAGAGAAACGCAGGCAAACUCCCCCUCUCCAUGAGUUGGCAGUUACUCCACAAGCUUAUGUUUGCAGUACCUGCUGCUUGCAUGAGACCCCGACCGUCUUCAGACUGAGCUACACCCCCGCCUUUGUUUUAUUUUUAGACAGGAUCUGCUUAAGUCGGACUAUUUGGUUGCCUAAACUGAGCUCGAAUUGGCCAUCCUCCUUCUUCAGCCUCCCAGAGUGCUGAGGGUAUAGGUGUUCACUAGGAUACCCUAUUUACAAUAGGUUUUGACAGUUCCAAAAAUCAGAAUAACAAUUGUAAGCAAUUUGGAGUAUAACUCUGGUAUGUUCUCCACUGUCCAUUAUACUGUAACUUGAUAGUUUGCUCCGAAACACAUUCAGGUAUUAAUUAUGGAGAUUAUAGUCAGACACGAAAAUUAUUAAGUUAUAAUUAAGCAUUGUAUACAUCCAUGCAUACAUGCAGCUUACAAAGCUAUUCUGGCAGUUGUCGUACAAGAAUUAUAUAGGACUUCAUGAAAGACAAAUGCAGAAAAUAUGUGUCUACUAGGUAAAAGAAUGUAUAAAUUUAUUUGCUUGCUUUUGUAAGACAUGUAGUAUUUAUCUGAUAAAAAGGAGAAAAGCAUCUUUUUGUAAUAUGGAUCUGCUAUUAUGUAUUAUAUUUGCAAUGAUGGAUCAGGAAAGGGCAUGUUACAAAGGGUCACAUAAAUAAUUACCUUGUAAGCCAGGUAUGGUGACAUAUAUCUUCAAUCCAACUACUCCCAUGCCUGAGGCAAAAAAAUCACAAAUUCAGGGCCAGCAUGGGCAACUUAGCAAGAUGAGGUCUCAAAAUAGAAAAACAAAAAGAGCCCUCAAUGGUAAAGUGUGUGUGUUGUGAUACCUUGGUACAAUCCCCACGAGUAUAAAAAGCAAAAGUCCCACUGCACGUACAUAAGGCUUUUAAUUUUGUUUAUUUCCUUUGCAGUCCUAGUGAUGGAACCCAGACCUUCACACUGAGCUAAUCUCUGACCCCCUUUUAAUUUAUUUAUCAUGUGCCACCAUGCUCAGCUUGCUCUAGUGGGACUUAUAAGUAACAAAUUUGUUUCUUUCUUUUUGGAAUUCUGGAGGCUGUGAUGUCCAAGAUCAGAGAGCCAUAUGGUAGGGCUCUGUAAGAGCCCAUUUUCAAGCUACAAGCUCAUUCUCAGCAUCUUGCUGUGUCCUCAUAUAACAGAAGGCCAAGGCAGCAGUCUGGGGCCUCUGUUAGUGACAGAAUUGUGGUGUGGCUGAAAAGAUAAGAAGUAUGAAAUAUAAAUGACCUUUGUUUUAAGAAUGCAGGGAGAGACCCCCUGACCCACAAGGGUCCGGCAUUCUCUCCCCGGGAGUGGCGAUCUCUCUCUGGGGUCUGGGAAUCUCUCUGUCGGACACGUGGAGUGGGGGCAUACAUGUAGCUCUGUGGUUUUUAGCAUUUCUUAAAGUAUUGACAGCUUGAAGAAAAUUCAGAAGCUGCCUGCUCUCAUUUGUGGAUUGCUUCUACAUUAUAUGAGGUAUAUCAAGAAACUUUGACUUUAUAGAGUUCUUUGAAAAAGGCUUGUGAAGUCUUUGAUGUGCAACAGUGAAAAUACAAGAGAUGCAUCCUCUACCUGUGGACACAGGCCAGAUCGAACCAGCUCUCCACCUCCAAAGGGUCUCGCAACCCCAUUUCCCAAGGAUGGAAGGAGAAAAAAAUCACAAAACAGAUGCGGAUCAAGUUGCUGGUCUUGGUGGGACCUCCGAAUGAUAAAGAGGAAAUAAAUAUAAAUCGCAGCCUGCUGGAUAAGCCAAGUUCAUGUUCCCCAAAAUUGAAGAAUGAAUUCUAAGGAACAACAGAGGAUAAGAGUAGGAAAAUUUUGUUGAGAAAGACAGCUCCUGAUAGAAGGAGGCUGGAAAAUCGUAUGGACCCCAUUUUUUAGAGUAAGUUUCGUAGACCAAAAUCAUGAAGUACAACAGUAUAAGGUGGGCACGUGAUGGGACAAAACUAUGGUUGGCCAGUAAGAUUACAAGCUUAACUGUUUAGAUAAUAUUGAUCCAAUAGGGAAGCAGGUUACAGAGCUAAUGAAUGUCCCUAGGAAGAACAAGGAAGAGCCUUUUAGGAAAAGACAAAGCAGGGACUUCCAGCCACCCACCAGGUCGAUGUUAAUAGUAUUUGUUGUUUAUCUCACAGAGAGCUGUGUGGGCUGGUCACUGGGGCCUGCCCUCCAACAGGUGCACCUCUAGCCACAGCUGUAAUGUGUUUUCUUUCAUCCUUUGUAUUUCAUCCUCUCCCUCCAGGGCCCAAUCCUGUCUUAAUUGCCUAAGAAUAUUUCUACCUAAUUUAGCUGUCUAUAACAUUCCCCCCUCUGAAGAGGUCCCCCUAACUGCGUGAAGAGGUGAUGGGCGAUGAUUGCUCUGGCUGCCUAUGGCUGAAGGGGGUCAUAGUUGUGAUCACCAAUCAGGGACACUCCAGGCUGGAAAAAUACUUGGCAUAUCCAGAGGAAUUUGCUGGUGGCUACCCUCCAGGUCACAAGUUGUGGCUUGUGAAUUUCAAAGCACUUAAAAAUCACUUAAAAAUUUAGAAGAGAUUCUAAUUCCACUGCAAAGUUCAGUGAGGCCCUGGGAUUUAUAAUGUUAGUUACUGUCUCCCUGUCAUUCUGGAAAGGUCUCAAUGUUAGCAUUUGCUAAUUGAUAAAGGUAGAGCAUCUUGCUAUUCUCUGCCAGUGUAUUUAUUGAGGAGAUCAAACCAGAAUUCUUGUUUUCUUUUGCCAGUUUGAAAAUGCAAUAUUUUUAUUUUUGUAAUUCAGUGGGGAUGGGGGAAGGUGGGGAAUGAGUUGUCAUUAUUUCUCUAAAUAUCAUUUUGUAGGGAAAGGUUCCUUAUAGUGAUGUCAUUAAUUUUUAAAGAAUCUCUCCUAACUUUCAAAGCACCACUUUGGGAAUUCUUUGAAGGGUGCAGUUAAUUUAUCUGAGUCAUAGAGGUUAGGUUUACCUGCAGAAGAGUGGUAUCUAAUCAGUGCUGACCGUCCUCACAUCAGAGACGUACGUUGUGCAAAAAUCAUUUAGUCAUUUGAAAAAUGAACUUUCUAUUCUGUGCCUAGAUUCAUGUUUCCUGCUAUGUAUUUCAGAAAAUAAAAUAUGUUAAGUUUAGUAUACACAUUACCAAAAACACUGGUUUUAAGAUAUAACUUUAGAGGCUGAGGCUGUAGCUCUGUGGCAAAGGAGUCACUAGCAUGGGCAAGGCCCUGAGUUCUAUCUCCAACACCACAAAACAAUUAUAUACACUGCAAGCAUGUGCUAAUAAACAAAUUUUUAAAAAUAUGUACAUAUAACUAUACAUAAAACUUUCAUAUAACUAUACAUAUUACUAGAUAUGUAUAUGGUUGUAUAUAUAUGGUUAAACUAUUGUUUUAAUCAGUCAUUUUUAUUCAUGUAAGUUAAAAAACUAGACAUUUUUUCUUAUGUUUGCUAAAAAUAAACUGCCCUUGCCUAAAAGCCAUAUAUGGAAUAUUUACCACUCAAGGAGACAGUUUUCCUUGCAUUCUUAACGAAAGCAUUCACUCCGAUGAAUAGAUGUAGCAUUUUCUCACACAACUUUGAGUUGAGUUUUACAGAACACUUAUGUGGUAUUAUGCAGAAGAUAUGCUGCCUCCCGUGCAAACCUUUCACAUGUAAAUAGAAAGUACAGUUUUCUAAAGCUAAAAAGAAAACUAAAGUUAAAGGUAUUUCCCAUUUACUGAUAUUUACUUAAUCAUCCUGAGAAAGACUUCUCCUCUUUUAUCUGAAUAACUUUGCUGACCCUCAGACCUUAAUCCACUUUGUGUAUUUUAAAAUAAUAUGGAAACUGCACUGAGUUUUUAUUUCUGUAGACACAGCUAACCCGGUCUAUGUUACCCGGGUCUAUGAAAAUCUUGGGAGUUUUGCAUGUACCUUACUUACUGCCUGGCAACCGUCUUUCCAGGAAAUCAUAAUCAAUGUUUUCUGGACUUCACCAAAUGAUGUGAGACCUGGAAGUCUGAUGUCUUUUUUUUAAUAUAAGAAAAUAGAGGCAAUGUGUUUAUAAACAGUGACUGAAUUUCACGUAUGUGCAUUGGAAGUAUAUGAAAAUAAGAAAACAUUAUGAGUGAGUUUUUCUUUCAAAUAUAGAAGCAAAAGAUGCCAUGUUAUUUUCUAAAACAUUUCUAAGCAUUUUUAUAGAAGGCAAUAAGAGCUGGUUAACCAUUGUGUCCCCAUGUAUGAAGAGAGCUAACUGUGAGGAUUUAUUUACAAGAGCAGUUAAAUUUUACUUUUGUAUCUUGAAGGACCUCUAUUUUUCACUGGGAGAGUUGGGCAGAGCAGAAAAGAGGUACUGGGGAAAGGGUGUGUUUUGAAGCCAGUUUUAAAGUUCUUUUGAUUUCCAAGCCUAUCAUUCCCUCCUCCCUUCUUCUAUUCUUUCAGUCACCUUGAUGGAAAUCAGAUACCAGGGAUCUUACUUGCCAGGGCCAGAAAUCAAAAUAGAUUAGCCCAAAACUGAGCAAUUGGUUAAGCAAAACAAUGACCAGAGAUAAUCAGCAUCAGCUAUGGCUGCAUCCAGGCCCCCACAAAAGAACCUUUCCCCUUCUCUCUAUCUCCAGGUUCAGGGUGCCUUCCCAGUGAGUAGCUUUCUUCUCUGUGCCUGAGAGAUUGGAUUGUGCGAAGUUUAUAAAAGGGCAUUGUUUUCCCCAGCGAUUCUCAAUCAGUGGCGUGGAAGAGGGUUUUCCUUCCCCAGAGCACCCGGCUGGGAGCUGGGUUGAGUGUUGGUCACACCUGAAACAGAAUGACAGGUGCUCCAAAGUGGCCCGGCAUGAGGCUUGGGCGGUAGAAGGGGCACGCCCACUCUGCUGCUAAGGACAAGGUCAAGGGACAGAGCUACACAUACAGGGAGCCAGGAGGGAAGGAGACUGCUGACAGAAGGGUGAGCUCAUGUCUGAGAAUUGCUGGAAAUGACGACAGGGAUGUCAAACUUCUCGUCUUUAGAUCUCACCAGGUAACACUAAAUUGCCCAGCCUGGACUCAAACUUGGAAUCCUCCUGCCUCAGCCUUCAGGAGUGCUGAAAUUACAGAUGUUUGUUUACUUUGGAGUUUUAGUGACAGGAAGAGCUUAACAAAGAUAGACAAAACAUACUACAUUUUAUUCUACAGUGGUCUGGGCUACUCAUGCUGAAUUCUACAUAUUUUAUCUCUUUGAAUCUUUAUUUUAAAAAUCCCUUUUCUAAUUUUUAUUAAAAAUAACCUAUCAUUAUCUCUGUAUUCAGGAUAAGGACAGCGAGACUUUAAAAGACUAAGAAACUUGCCUAAAAUCAUCUUCGUGCAGUGCUCCCUCCUGAAAUUCUGGAGGGAGGAUGGUGGAGGAUGAAGACAUGAAGACGAGAGUCAGAAAGCUGAGGUCAGGUGGAGCCCCUCACCUGAUGGACGAAAGGACCGUCCAGCAGCUGUGGCAUGGUCAUUCAUACAAGCAGCAGAAGAGGCUGCUUAGGGAGAGUUUUAAGAGGAUAAGAUCUGGACAGGAAGAGCAUCCAAUCUCCAACAAAAUAUCACACCCUGGUGGUUAUAUGGGGAAUAAGAGAGGAGGCAUCUGUACCAUCUCAGGGGGAGGACAAGUCACUGUAUGUGUCAGCUCCUGAGCUGCGUAGCCUUCUCAUGGGGCCCGGACAAACUCAUGAGAAGCAGGGACCUUGUCUUGGAUACUGAAGGUACAGGCAGCUACUCUCCCAACACUGGGGCAGAAUCUGCCCCAAGGAGGGAUUUUCCCCGGGUUCCUUCACUGAGCAGGCAUGAUAAAGGUUCUACAAGAGAUACUGGAGGAAUACCCCAGCCAGACACAGGAGAGAGGAGACACAGGAGAGAGGGAGCUGUGGAAUCAGGACUGGGUGCCUCAGAGUUGAUGCAGGAGACUAGUCUUGGUGGUGCAUGCCUGCAAUCCCAGCUAUUCACGAGGCAGAGGCAGGAGGAUCACUAAAAUUCAAGACCAGCCUAGCAACUUAGCUGUCUCAGAAUAAAACUAAAAAAGCUCGGUGGUCAUGAGACCCCAAAUUUCAUCCCCAGUAUCAAACAAAGAAAAACAAAAACAAAUGCAGGAGGACCUACUGUGUGCCUGGAGAGCUACCACCAGUUGUAUUACCUCAGGAAACAAUCCAUCUGCCUUUCUUUCACCUGAAUUCCCCAUGAAUCUUAUUCUGAAGGCGCCCUGCCACCGAUAGUCUCUUUUUGUGUUGCUCUGCUAGAGAAGCUUCAUCUUUUACAGAUCACAGACUAGCGGGAAGCAUUUAACCAGGUCUGUUCAUUUGAUAGUUUGGGGAACGGAGAGCCAGAGGUUUAUUCAAAAUCACACAGCUAAUGAGUGGCAGAGCUAAGACUUGACUGUACCCAGAUGCAUUCCACACCCUGUGUUUCUUACAUUCUAACGCCAGUCUCCAAAGAAAGAUUCCUCCCUGUUAGCAAAGUCACUCGGCUGUGUGAUCACCAGUCAGACUUAAUAUAUUAACCUAAAAGUUUUUCUUCCUUCCUCCCUUUUCCAUCUCCCACUGUCUUAAGAAUGCUUUGAUUCUUGAAUACAGACAAUUCUCUCUCUCUCUUUCUCUCUCUCUCUGCAUUAGUUACAUCUUGCAACAAAGCUAUGAUUUUACUCUGAUGUAGAGGCUUUAUGUAUUUUAAACUCUGGUUUGACCUGUCUACAUUUGCUCUAAAUGCCCAUAUUGCAAACAGUGGUGAGGUGCCAUAAAAAUAAAAUGUUCUUAUUGUUGAAAAUGUCCACAGCCAGAGAAUGAGGCCCCAUUCCAUCUCCAUCCACUUCCUUUCCUUCUCAUUUAGUGGAUAAGUACUUAGCCUUUUAAAAACCUUUCCAUGUGAAUCAGGAAGUAAAAUAUUUGUUAUGUGUCCAAACUGUGAAAGUUAAUGAAUUACAAAAAAUGCAUACUUUGUGAAAUGCAUUUUAUAUCUCUUUAUGCAUGAGGUACACAGAAAGAGACACUGUCUUUCAGAGCCACAGAGAACCUUACAAAGCAGAGGUUACAUUACUUCUGUGAGAUUUCUAAAUCCCUACAAUACACAGUACAUAAUUCUCUCUGUGGAUUAAAUAAAGCAGAACAUAUUAUUCCUUUUUCACCUAUUGUCUAACACUUAAAUAAACUUUCCUAUCUUGUACUUUCUGUCCACCCUCUUAGAAACUGAAAGUUCUCUUUGUAUAGAAAGAUGGUAUUGAUUUAAUUUCAAAGCCGUGCUAAAUCUUUAAGCAGGAAGACUUGAAGGUUAGAUUUUUGUUCUCACUAAAAACAAACUGUUCCUUCCUAGAAAUUGUGGAAUGCUUGCAAAAUUCUUUAAUAAUGAAUAAAUAAGUCUCAAAUGACUGGUAUAGGAAAGGAGCAAGACACAGUCACUCUGACAUGAAGAAUAAAUCUAAGAACAGUUUUGUAUGAAAAUAAAGGUCUUUGCAUGUCUACAAGGCAAAUGUAUUCAGAAGGGCCCCUGCUGGGUGCAAAUCCAUGCUUCUUGGGCAUGGGGCCUACUGCCGAUUCAUGAGCUGCUCACCCUAAGUCCAUUUGCCUGGCGCUGGCUUUUCUCCUUUAUACCAUGGAGUCUGGCUGUGGGGUUGUCUGGUUCACUCUGGGGUUGAUUGGCUACAGCUGGUCUUGGAAGCCAAUAACUCUUCAUGUGGCGUUAAGGGUUGCAAAUUCCUACCCCCCAGGAUGCACCAACAGCUGAAACAGCAGCCAGGAAAGGGUUAGUUUAUGCUUUUGAGGGUAAAAACACCACUUGUGGUCAUGUCUGUCUGGAAUCUCAUUCUGUGUUUUCCAGAGACAUUUCACUCUAACCCUGGAAGUCAUAAAAACAUAUUCUGUGGUUAUAUGUUACUGGAGGCACUGGAGCUUUGCACAUACUAAUUAACAUAUUUUUAUUUCACCUGGGCUUUGGGAACAAAGCGAUACAAAUAAAAACAUGCACUCCUACAUACACAUAAUUUAUAGAAAUCCAGAGACCAAGUCACUAACGUUAUAAGUGGCCCUGUAGACUCUGGAGAAGGCUGGAAGUGAAAUGAAUUCCCGGCCUGCAAAUUAUUCUCCAACAUCUGUCCUCUUUGCUCAGUCUCUGUGUUUUCAUUAGAUGUGUUAUUAUCUGGUUACAAGUAAUGGAUGGAUUUGGGUUUUGCAAUCAGCCGACCUAUGUUUGAAUGCCGGGCUAGUGGCUUCUUAGCUGUGUGACACAAAGCUCCUCAUACAAAGCCUUUAUUUGUUCAUCUUUUCCUUUAAAGGAUAGUUCCUACUUCCUGUCUCAUUGGCAGAAUUAAAUGAGAUCAUAUAAAAGCACUUAGUGUAUUAGAUAAUGAUACCUAAAAUAGUCAAAUUCAGAGAGAUAGAAAAUAGAACAGUGGUGGCUGGGGCCUGGGGAAUAGGAAAUGGGGAGCUGGUGUUUAAUACAGAGUUUCUGUUCUACAAAAUGAAAAAGAGCUCUGGAGAUGGAAUGUGACGAUAGUUGCACAACACUAUGAAUAUACUUAAUGUCACUGAACUGUACACUUGAAAAUGGUAGAUUCUUGGUACAUGUAUUUUCCAUAAUAAAAAGCACAGCACUUAGUCCACUGCCAGGCAACUUCCACUGCCUCUGCCUCCUUCCCCAGUCCCCCUUUUUGCCCCUUCCCUGGAGACCUGAUCAGAGGCUAUUUGGAGCUCUCUGAGCUUGGACAUAACCCUAAGGAGUAGUACCGGAUCCACUUUUUGGAAAUGCAGAAUCAUAGAUGUCAGAGAUGAAAAACACUCAGGGAACAAGUCCUACUUAGUCCUAUUGCAUAUGAAGAAAUGGAAGUCUGGAAAAAUUCAGUCAUUUGGUUUAAACCCAGCAAAUCAGUGGCAGAGCCAGGACGGAAUCCUGGAUUAGUUACUACUUCCAGGACCGGUUUGCUUCCCAGGAAAUCUUGGAUCUUCAGUAUCUGGGGAUCUGGGCCACUCUGUAAUCUCGAAUGGGCUAAGGAAUUUUCUAUACUCUGACUAGAAACCUUCAAAGUCUGGAUCAUAAAACAUACGCUUGGUAGGCAGAUAUUUUAAACAGUGUUGCUGAGGUAUGAAUGACCUUCAAUAACUGCACAUAUUUAAAUUUUGUCACUUAAUAAGCUCUAAUGUAUAUUUAUACUAUGAAACCAUCUCCACAACCAAGAUAAUGACCUGUCAUUUCCAAUGUUUCUUUGUGCAUAUUCGUAAUGUCUCUCUAUCCCACUUCAUCACCAGUUGGUCGCCAGUCUGUGCUCUGCUACUACAAGGAUUUUCUAGGAUAAAUGGAAACCUGUGUACUCCUGGUUUGAUUCCUCCUUUCACCUACAUAAUUAUUUUGGGAUUCACCCAUAGUUUUGCAUGUCGAUAGUUCACCCCUCUCAUAAUUUUAGCUACUCAGGGGACAGAAGCAGGAGAAUUUCAGAGUCCAGGCCAACCCAGACUACUUAGCAAGACCUUGUCUUAAAAAAUAAAAAGGUCAGUGCUGGAUAUGCAGCUCAGCACCCUAGGUUCAGUCCUCCUAUUCCUCUUAUUGCUGAGUAGAAAGUAACCCAUUCUUAGAUAUACAAUGUACGUCAUAUAACCAUGGAUUAGAUAUAAUCAUCUAUUGUCUACACGUUCUGCACCCAGAGAUUGAACCAAAGCAAGUCAACAUAUUUGAAAAAGUCUAUCUGUGCUUGACUGUGUACAAAAAUUUUUUCUUGGCAUUAUUCUCUAAAUAAUGCAGUAAAGCAACUAUUUACAUAGCAUCUACAUCAUACUAGGUACGGAUGUAUUCUAAAGUAUGCAAAAGGAUAUAUAUAGGCUAUAUGCAAAUACUAUGUCAUUUUAUACAAGGAACUUGAAUAUCGGAAGAGUUUGGUAUCUGCUAUGGUUCCUGGAUCCAAUACCCCACAGAUACUGAAAGACAAAUGUACCACAAUCUGUUGAUCCAUGUAGCUGUUGAUGUAUAUUUGGGUUGUUUCCAGUUUGAGGCGAUUACAAAUAAAGCUGAUAUGGACAGUCCUGUGAAGUUCUUUUAUAGAGACAGGAUUUCUGCACUAACCAUGUGUUUCUGAUGUUUGACAUGUGAGUUGUUACUGAUUUUGGAGAAGCUGCCUCUUCCAAAGUUAGCAAAUCUUAGAAUUGGCAAAUGAUUGUCCCCCACAAGCGUAACUUUCAUAUGCAUAGCUAACCAAUUUAAGAGCCCAUAUCCUCCACCUACCUCUUUUAUCAGACUGUUGCAAUUGGGCCAUGACACACCUUCCAUCAGCCCUCCAGGACUAUGUAUUAGAGAACUUGGAGCAGUUCCUAAACCCUAGAGCCUGCUGAAAUUAUUCAAACUAGUCAACCACAGAUACACAUAGCAUGCUUAUUAUCCUGCCUCACCUGUUCCUUCCUGCAAAAACCACAGUAAAGGCUCUUGCCCAGAUUUCUGCUUCAAUUCCUUUGCCCCAUGUCUGUCCUGCAUGUGACCUCUGAUAUGGCCAGCUACCUCUCCUGUUUCCAGGAAACUGAAAGUCAACUUCUCUUCCCUGACCGUCAUCACUGUGUCUGCAUGUCUUAUUAGACCUGACUAAAACUACUCCGAGGUACAUUUCAAAACACUUAGACUUUCUGAGUAAAUCCUAGCAGAAUUACUGAAUAAUAUAUAUAUUUCAGUUGUUAAAACCCUCCAAACUAGGGGCUGAAGGUUUAUCUCAGAGGCAUAAGCGCCUGCCUUGGAAGCAGGCAGUUGUGAGUUCGAUCCCCGGUACCGAUAAAAAGGAAAAAGACAAACAAAAAAAUUAAAAACCCUCCAAACUGUUGUCUAGAGUAUGUAUACAGUUUCUGUUCCCAACAGAAGCAAACGAGAGUUCCAACUGCUUUACUUCCACACCAACACUUAGUAUGAUCAGUCAUUUCAAUUUUAGUCAUUCUAAAAGCUGUGAUCUCCUUCUGUUUUUAAUCUGCACACCUUUGGUGAAUAAUGAUCUUGAAGAUUUUUUCAUGUGCUGAUUUUUUUAUUUUAAAGAGGACAAAGCCAAGGAAAAUAAAACAGAAUAAAACCAAUCAAAAUAAACCAGUAUAAGUGAUAGUGAUACAAUACUUCAAAACUGCAAAAUCAGCAAUAGUUAGCAUAAUGCCUUUUGUUGUCUUCAAAAUAGCUGCAGAUACCUUCAGACAUAGUAAAAAUCAAACAGAACAGAAUAGAAUAGAAACAAUAAAAACAAAACAAUGAAUGCAAUAAAGGACUUCAAAAUAAGUGGCUACCAUAACAUAUCUUGCUAUCUUUUAAAUAGUUGUUCAUGCCAUCAGAUUUAACAUAAUCAAACAAAACAAAAGAGAAUAAAACCUAAGCCAAGAAAACAAUGCAAAUGAUAUGGUUUCUGGGGGAAUCACCUCCAUGUGAGGCCUGGUUCUCUCCCUCCCCAGUCCUCGAAUGGCUCUGGCACAUGCCGAGAGGCUUGGAUGUGGCUGUCCCUCUUCUGGCAGCGGCCUGCACAUGGUGCUUGUUUACAGGCAGGGAUCACCUCGUGAGGGCUGGUUAUUUCUCUGCAGUCUGUGAAUGGCACUGACUCAUGUUGUGUGCUAAUUUGCCAUUCUUCUUCUUCUUUGUAUCUCUACAGAUAUUUUAUAGGCUCUUCAUAGAGUUCAUUGUUGAGGGUUUUUCUUAAUUGUUGAGGGUUUUUCUUAAUUUUAUUUUAAAGAGAAUAAAAUCAAACAAAAUAAAACAGAAUAAAGCCAAUCAAAAUAAAACAGUGAAAGUGAUACAGAACUUCAAAACAGGAUAAUAGGAAAUCAGCAAUGGCUACCAUAAUGCCUCUUCUUAUCUUCAAAAUUGCUGCCCAUAGCAUCAGCAUAAUAAAGUCAAAUAAAACAGAACAGAAUAAAACCAAUCAAAACAGAACACUGAAGAAAACAAAAUAACAGAGCAAAGCAAAACAGUGAAAACAGUGUUGGAUUUCAAAAACAAGACAGAAGGAAGUCCCCUGUAGUUGCUAUAUUGCAUAUUCUUAUGCUCUAAAUAGAUGCUCAGACUACCAGCCUCAGGACUACUACGUCAGUCAAACAGUACAAACACUAAGUUGUUUUUGUACUUCAGUUGCUAUCAGCUCAGCCUGUCCUGUAAAUCAGCCAGUUGCUUAUUGGGGAGGAGGGAGGGCUAUGGUCUCUUCUAACCACACACCAGCCCUCUCUUGUUACUCCUCCCAGGCGCAGCAUGGCUUCUCCUGACUCACAGGAAGGGCAACGUGACUUAUUGUUGGGUUUUGAGAUCUCUUUAUAUAUUUUGAAUAUGAGUCUACUAUUAAGAUAUAUGGUUUGUUAAGAUUUUCCUCCAUUCUCUACCUUGUCAUUUUGUUCUCUUAAUAGGGUCUUUUGAAGAACAGAAGUUUAAUCUUAAUGAGGCCAACUUUGUCAAUUUUUCCUUUCAAUUUUUCCUUUCAUGGGCUUAAGAUUUCUAAGAAGUCUUUGUUUGUCUCCAAAAGUUUUGACUCCACUUCUUUCCUAGAGGUUUUGCAGUUUUAGAUUUUCAUUCAUUAAGGCCUAUGAUAUAUACCCCAGGGUUGCUUUUAUUAAUCUGCUACGAAAUACUAAUUGAAGUGUUUUCAUUUGCUUGUUUUGAUUGUGGACAUCCAGUUAAUUCCAAAAGAAUUUGUUGAAGAGACUGUUGUAUUUCCCGUAGAAUUGCCUUUGCGUCUUCUAUUUCUGGAUUCUCCAUUAUAUUCAGUUGAUCUGUUUGUCAAUAUUUCUGCAAAUUCCAUGUUGUCUCGAUUGAUAUAGAUUUUUAAGAAGUCUUGAAAUCAGAUAGUGUUAGUUCUCUAACUUCAUUUUUCAAAGUGAUUUUGGUUAAUUUAAGCCUCUUCCAUUUAAUAAGAAUUCUAGAAUCAUAUUGUCAUUUUCUUCAAAGAAUCCUUCAGGAAUGUUGAUAGUAAUAUAUGAUAGUGUAUAAACCUGUAAUCUCAACAAGAUUAACUCUUUCAGCCCUAGAACAUGUGUAUCUCUAAAUUUUUAAAGGUUCUGUAACUUUUCUAAGCGAAUGUUUUAUAGUUUUCAGUAUAUGUAUAUUUCACCUUUUGAAACUUACCCUAAAGUACUCCAAAUUUUUGAUACUCUUAAAUAGUAUUCUUUUCUUAAUUUUAAUUUCCAGUUGGAAGAGAAAAAAGAAAAAGCCUAUUUCCUUCAAAUACGAAUGAUCUAUUUCCAUAGAGAACAGUGAAACAAUGGAUUUCCUGUUCUAUUUUCGCUGCUAUCUUACUAAAGAAGUUCUACAAAUGAAUUUUCCUCUCAGCCUUUCAAAUUAAAAACCACGUGUCCUAUAAAAAGUCUGAAAAAGGACUCAUCCUCCUCGGACCUCAUGGUCCUCUUGCAAAAGUAGCUCAGCAAGCUGAUUGCAUUAGACACAACUUUCCAGGGUUUGGUAAGGAUUCUGUCAAGAAGUGUAAUAGGGAUGAAUUGUACCUGCUAGGACAGCAUCAACUUUCGCACUUCCUGACUUCACGAUGAUGAUUAAAAUUGAAAUACUAACAUGGUAAUCCCCAAAGUGCCUGGAUUUAAUAGCAUUAAUUGCCUGGUCCCCAUAAGUGCAUAAAUUCUUAUUUAAAUGUCAGCUACCCUAUGUACACUUUCUGGGAGUACUUAACUAUUCAUUCCUUAGCUACUAACUUCUCCCAGUACAAACAGCCUCACCGCCGACCCCCCACCCUCAUAAGGAGUGAGUAAGCAGCUCCGCCUCCCAGAGAAACUAUUGUCUUGGGGAGGCGGCCUCUGGUCUGAACUGAUCUGGGCACCAUCCACAAAGCUCUUGUGCUCUCAGAUCCCUGAGGAAAUGAGUUCUGAUAGACUCUUUUGGCAUAAAAUAUUUAAAAACAGAGAUUAGGUUAGCACUUUUAAGAUUAUUUGCAUUUCAGAAGACUGUAACUUAAUGUAGAGAUGUUUAUUCUAGUGAUGGAUUUCGGACAUUGUGGGAGGAAAAGACAUAAAAAGGUCAGAGAGCCUUCUUUCAUUCCCUCUAACUUUGUUGUUAGUCAUGAUGUAUGGAAAAAAUUGUCCAUCUUUCACCUCUGACCAUGAGAAAACUGCAGAGUAACUCUGGAGAUAUAUCACUAAUGCACACAAAAUUUCUGCCUCUGUAUCUCCAACCACGUGACAAUGAAUCACAGACUUUUUAGGAUUCCACCCUUUUGAAAGUUGAGAAGAUAGAGCAUUGUGUGCACAGUUACACUGAAGAAAGUUCAUGGCCAGGUUGAAAUGCCACUGUUAACCAUUACCCAAGCCUUUCUUCACCAUGCUCAUAUCUCAGGCAUGGCAGUACUAGAUCAUGUUGAUUAAGCCCCCAAUGUCCAAAACUUCAAAUGUCACUUACCAUAGAGGACAAGAUUGGGGAACUAAGGAAGACACUCACAGAAACAAGGGAAAUGUAGAGCCCAGCUCAGCUCUGCACAUGCAUGAGACACAGCGGUACUAAGAAUCUCACUGGAAAGGCUAUGUACAUCCAGUGAGUUCAAAAGCCAUGCAAGAGGCUCGGGAUUUAGCUCAGCGGCAUAAGCACCUGCCUUGCAAGCAGGCAGUCGUGAGUUUGAUCCCUGGUACCGAUAAAAAGGAAAAAGACAAAAAAAAAAGCCAUGCAAACCCUAAGCUGGAAGCAUUUUAAAGAUGGCAUGAGGAAAUCUUAAAUUGGGGUUCCCUGAUAUCUCCAAAACUCUUCCCUCUCAAAUUCAGAGCAGACUUUCAGAAGGACAGUGAAACUACAGCCUCUGUAAAGAUCUUAUUUUCUAAAAGUGUGGAAUAGCAGCACAGUUGUGCAUGUCUAAAGGAAGUCUGCCUCAGCCUGGGCUUUGUGUUCACACCUCUCAUGCCUUUGGGCCUGUUUUCUAGCAGAAGUUUAAACGCUGAGACAAACACUUGCCAUGAGUUGUCACUGAAGAGGAACUGCUGGCAUUUUUCAGGGCCAUCUCCCACCCUCUAUACUCCUAUGGCAGAUCCUUGAGCAGAACAGGUGUCUGUGUCUCCCAAGCAUAUGAGGAAAAACAAGUUACUUUUGAGUGAUACACCCUAUUCCAUGGUGCCUAAGUUCACCUACAUGAAUAAACCACGAAGCCUACAGUAGUUAUAUACGCAAAGGAUACUCUCCAGAACAGCAGCCUAAAGAAUACGUAUUUAUUAUCUGACAGUUUCUCUUUGGUAGGAAACCUAGGAACAGCUUAGCUGGGUUGUUUCCCUCAGGGUCUCGGUGAGGUAGCUGGUGGCUACAGCAGCAGUGACAAGAGGCUAGAGGGUCUGGUUCUAAGUUCACUCACAUGGGUGUUGGCAGGACUUGGUUUCCUGCUCACUGUUGGUGAAGUAGCUCACUUCCUUGCGUGUGGACCUUUCCAAAGGCUGUGGACAUUCUCAUGAUGUGACAAAGUUGGCUUUCCUCAAAGAACGUGAUCCAAGAGAGACACCAAUAUGGCAACCACAGUUUUUAUAACUUGGAAGUGACAUACCAUCACUUCUUUGAUAACCUAGGGGUCAUACAGACCAGCUCAGACCCAGUGUAAGCGCGAGGGGCAAGGACCACUAGGGACCAUCUUGGAGGCUGUCUACAACCUCCCAUCUGAUUAUGCCAGCAAACAGUCGGCCUUGGUCUGUGAUAUAGUGAAUAUCAGUUAACACUUAGUAGCUCAUACGUACCACAACCCAGUGGUAGAAGUAGUUCAGUUGUGACAAUUAUGAAUGUAAUUGUCAUGUAACAUGACUUUGGAAUACUGUUAUACUUUUUGGGGAGCCCAUUAUCUCAUCUGUAAAAUGAGUGUUAUGAAUGGUCUCAAAGACAUCUCUCAGAUCUGAAAUCUGUGCCAUGAAGAAAUAUACCAUUUCAAAAAGGAAUGUUAUGAAAACCAUUUUGUUUAACAAAAUGGGUCAUUUUUCAAUGGACAGUUCCCUUAUUUCAAAGUAAUAAAGCAACUGUAGAAAUGGCACCCUAAAGUUUUCUUAUACUUCCUCUCUGCUCAUAAUAACAUACUUUUCCUUGUAUAAUGCUUUAAGGUCUAACACACUCCUUUCACAUAUCCAAGUGACUUCAUCGGUGUGGAAGGGGUCAAGCACGCAAAGCCUUACAGAGCUCUGUUCUCUCUCCCUUUGCUAAUGGCAGAGGUUUACACGGGUGGCAGUUUGGCCAGAGCUAAUGGACUUCUGAUAAGAACAUACAACUAACAUAUGACCCAAAUAAGUGAGUGAAAAAUCCUAUUUGCCUAAAACCUCUAAGUCUAUAAACAUUGCUGCAAUGGCUUAGUAUGUGCAGAGUGGACCAGCAGUAUAAAGAACAGUGGAGCUGUUUAUUUUAUGGACGAAUGUAGUACAAGCAGAUGACAGGGGAAAGUGUCUUAGAAGGUUUAUCUUCAGAAAUGAUAAUAGGAAAACCAUUUUGUUUAUUGUUUAUUGUCCAGUUUCUUGAUCGUGGCACAUGGGCCUGUACCUCAGGAUAUUCCCAUUUUCUCUAUCUGGUAUUUACUAAGGUCCAGGUCAAUGAUCAUCCCUGCAGACAUCAUUCCUGAGUGGCAUCUUUCCCCUACGGUCUGUCUCUGCUACACCCUAAUCUCAUAUCUUGGUGUACUUAGCACUAUGUAAAAUCAGUUUGCUAGUAUACUUCAUUAAAAUGCUUACCCCCAAAGUGUGGAAGGGAGGGAGGGGAAUAAGAAAAUAAAAAAAGAAUCAAGAUAUAUCCUGUUCAGAUGCAAAUACCAAUAAUUUUUUAACUUUACCUCCAAUUUUUUUAAAUGUUCACCUCUACCUUCUGUAAGUUAUCUGAGAGAGAACACAUCAUCUGUCCUGUUAAUGAAUGGUUCACCCCCAAUCCCUGUGCAGAGUGUGCUCAAUAAGUAUUUGUUAAGUGAAUACAUGAAUCAUCGGUCUGGGAAAGUUUGUGGUUUGAUGAAGGGAAGUUUCAGAAGACAUGUUGCUAGUACUAUAAAAGUAUAUUGAAUGGGCCAGAUUUUCAUUUCCUUUGGGCCAGUAAUUGGGUCCAAACCUGAGAACAAAGAUUCUCUGGUGUAGCAUACAGAAGAUAACCCUGAACAAUUCAGAGUAGACCCAGGGUUCCUCAGUGAUUGUGGGGGAAGAGGCACUGCUACCAAAACCAACGACAACACCCCAGGAAGGAGAGAAAAGGAGAGAGGGCUAUUUCAGGAGUAUGUGGGAGCAUCAGCUUACUGUGACAGGAACAAGAGAAGAGAUUUUCCCUUUUUGAACCCCAGAGAAUAUUGCUGUGAGGAGACGCAUGCUGGCGAGAGUAAGAGACUGGCGCCUCUUUCACUGUUCAGGGAGCAGAGCAAUAGUUCAGCUUCUGGCUGUGUUAACCUGAGGGGAAGGGAAUAGGAGAAAGAGGGCAGAGUGAAGCAGGGAGAAUCGCCAUGAAGCCAACGCACUGGUACUACCUGGGGAGGCAAGAAUGGGGAGGAGUCUGCCGGGCCGUGAUCAGCAUGGCGCCAUCCUGAGAGCACUCCACCAGCAGAGGGGCUCCAUGUCUAGUCUGGGAUGCAUGCAGUGUGUCAGGUGGGACAGUGCCACUGCUAGUGGGGGCUGUGUGGCAGUGAGCGGGUAAACAGGAGCUUGAUCCCUCACCUCCAGUGAUUAUGCAGUUUUCAGUGUUAACACAAGGAGCAGAGUAAAUCAUGAGAGAGAACUCACCUAAUCUUUCUUUGCCACCCUAAACCCACCAAGGAGCUGGAUUCGGGGGGCAAGGAGGGAAGAGGUGCACAGAGGCAGAUGGUGCCCCGUCUCCAGGAUGUCCCCAGAGACACCCAGCUGUAACAGGGAAGGGGACAAUUUUAAGUUGGAUACGAGUUUGGAGUUUUAAGCCACACUGGAUUUUUUAUAACUGAAAGGGACAGAAUUUAUAGGCUCCAGCUCAAACGUUAUUAAAGGACAAGAAAAAAAUAUUUAACAGAACAUGGUUGAAGGCAGUAACUGGAAAAAAUAAAUAAAUGAAGAUGUUUCAUUUUCAGUGCUGAACUAUCUCAUCACUUAGUCACAGCAGGAGAAAAAGGCAACAAUUAGUGAGUUUUCUAAACAUUUGACUUUUCUUUGGGUGACGUAUUGCUGGCUUUUGUCAGAAGGUAAAGUGGCAGGACAGUAGGCAAAAAUUCAACAUUCAAGGCAUUUUGUACUCAAGGCUCAGUUACUCUUUCUUCAUGAAGUAACUCACCCUCUCCCUUGCUCCUGAUUUUAUGAGUCAAGAGAAGUCUCCCUGUCUGUCUGUCUGUCUGUCUGUCUGCUCUCCCCCCUCCCCCUUCUUCCCUCUCUCUCUGGCUUUUGUUUUUAUCUUGCCAUGUAAUUCAGGCUAGCCUUGAUGUAUAGCCCAGACUGGCUUUGAACUCACAACAGUCCUCCUGCUUCACCCUCCCAAAUGCUGGGAUUACAGUCAUGUGCUACCACGCCUGGCCCUUGAAAAGUACUUUUUGUAAAUCAUGUUUCUAUACAGCAGCUUCAGGGGAUUUUUUUAGGCCUUUGAAUGAACCAUUUACAAACUUUCAAAGGAUAUUUUUUACUGCAUUUGAGUGACUGGACUACUCCCUAUGCUUCCUCCCUUGACCUCAAGAUCAACGGGAGAAAUUCUGAGCCUCUCCCUGCAUGGCGCCUCCUGGGAAGGCACUUCCUGUUGCUGGGGAAGCUGGGGUGGGAGGUCUCAGUGGAAUUGACAUUCGGAAAGCUCUGGACAAGAGAAGCAUCAUGCAGCUAUUGAUAACUGGGAAACAAAGCUGAUUGAGAAAUGAAUGAGAGAACAAGGAAAAGGCAAUCUGCAUGUCACAUCCUUAGAAGAUGUGGAAUGCUCUAGGACCAAGGAGCGCCUCUCUAAUGGAAACGGUCGUGCCGGAGCCUCCAAGCCUGCCCGAAAUAUCCCAAGGAGACACACGCUAGGUGGGCCCCGAAGUUCCAAAGAAAUCCUGGGAAUGCAAACAUCUGAGAUGGAUAGAAAGAGAGAAGCUUUCCUGGAACACCUGAAGCAGAAAUACCCCCAUCAUGCCACAGCAAUCAUGGGGCACCAAGAGAGGCUGAGAGACCAGGCUUUGCAGCACAUGCUGAUCUCUCUUCAGGCAGAACUUGACAUUCAGAGAUACUUGAUGAAAAUCGAAUCAUCUCAGCGUACCAGAAGCCCCAAACUGUCUCACAGUCCUCAACCUCCUAAUCUGGGUGACCCAACUGAGCAUUUAUCAGAGACAUCCGGGGAUUCUUUGGAAGCCAUGUCUGAGAGCGAAGUACCAAGUCCUUUCUCCAGAGGCAGCCGGACACGAGCAAGCCUUCCUGUGGUGAGGUCGACGAACCAGACAAAAGAGAGAUCUCUGGGGGUUCUCUACCUCCAAUAUGGAGAUGAAACCAAGCAGCUCAGGAUGCCGAAUGAAAUCACAAGCGCAGACACAAUCCGUGCUCUCUUUGUAAGUGCCUUUCCCCAGCAGCUCACCAUGAAAAUGCUGGAGUCACCCAGUGUCGCCAUUUACAUCAAAGAUGAAAGCAGAAAUGUCUAUUAUGAAUUAAAUGAUGUGAGGCAUAUUCAGGACAGAUCACUCCUCAAAGUGUACAACAAGGAUCCUUCACAUGCAUUUAAUCACACACCAAAAACUAUGAAUGGAGACAUGAGGAUGCAGAGAGACAUUGUUUAUGCAAGAGGAGAUGGCCCUGGUGCCCCUCGACCUGGAGCCACAGCUCAUCCACCCCACGCAAUUCCCAGUUCUCCACCGCCCACUCCUGUGCCCCACUCCAUGCCUCCUUCCCCAUCCAGGAUUCCUUAUGGGAGCCCACGCCCCAUGGUUAUUCCCGGCAAUGCCACCAUCCCCAGGGACAGACUGUCCAGCCUGCCAGUCUCCAGGUCCAUCUCCCCAAGUCCAAGUGCCAUUUUGGAAAGAAGAGACGUCAAGCCAGACGAAGACAUGAGUGGCAAAAACCUGGCGAUGUACAGAAAUGAAGGCUUCUAUGUGGAUCCCUACAUGUAUCACGAGGGACGGAUGAGCAUAGCUUCAUCCCAUGGGGGACAUCCCUUAGAUGUCCCCGACCACAUCAUUGCAUAUCACCGCACAGCCAUUCGGUCAGCGAGUGCUUAUUGUAACCCCACAUUGCAAGCGGAAAUGCAUAUGGAGCAGUCACUGUACAGACAGAAAUCAAGGAAAUAUCCAGAUAGCCAUUUGCCUACUCUGGGCUCUAAAACACCCCCCGCGUCUCCUCAUCGCAUGGGUGACCUGCGGAUGAUAGACCUGCACCCACACCACAAUGCCCACGGGACCCCUCACACCCUGCAGCCCGACCGCGCCUCCCCCAGCCGCCAGUCCUUCAAAAAGGAGCCGGGCACCUUGGUGUAUAUUGAAAAGCCACGGAACGCUCCCGGAUUAUCUGGCAUUGUAGACCUUGGCCCUCCUCUAGUCGAGAAGCAAGUUUUUGCUUACAGCACUGCUACGAUCCCCAAAGACAGAGAGACCAGAGAGAGAAUGCAAGCCAUGGAGAAGCAGAUUGCUAGUUUAACUGGCCUUGUACAGUCUGCGCUUUUUAAAGGGCCCAUUACAAGUAGUAGCAAAGAUGCAUCUAGUGAGAAAGUGAUGAAAACCACAGCCAACAGGAACCACACAGACAGUGCAGGCACACCCCACAUUUCUGGUGGGAAGACCCUGGGUGCCCCAGAAUCCACGACGCCCUCCAGCCAGCUCCUGCCUGCCAGCACCUCGGCCGUCCAUAUGAGCCUGCUGGACAUGAAGCGCAACGUGGCUGAACUCAGGCUCCAGCUGCAGCAGAUGAGGCAACUGCAGCUGCAGAACCAGGAGAUGCUGAGGGCCAUGAUGAAGAAAGCUGAGCUGGAAAUCAGCAGCAAAGUGAUGGAAACCAUGAAGAGACUGGAGGAUCCCGUGCAGCGACAGCGCACCCUCGUGGAGCAAGAGAGACAGAAGUACCUCCAUGAGGAGGAGCGGAUCCUCAGGAAGUUAGGGGAGCUGGAAGACUUUGUUGAAGACUUGAAGAAGGACUCAUCUUCCGCUGGCCGAGUGGUCACUCUCAAGGACGUGGAGGAUGGGGCUUUCCUCCUGCGACAAGUGGGAGAAGCGGUGGCUACCCUGAAAGGAGAAUUCCCGACCUUACAAAACAGGAUGCGCGCCGUGCUGCGGAUCGAGGUGGAGGCCGUGCGCUUUCUGAAGGAGGAGCCACAUAAGCUAGACAGCCUGCUGAAGCGCGUGCGGGGCCUGACGGACGUCCUCACCGUGCUGCGGAGACAUGUCACUGACGAGCUCCUGAAGGGCACAGAUGCAGCCCAAGCUGCACAAUAUGUUGCUAUGGAAAAGGCCACAGCUGCAGAAGUCCUGAAGAAUCAAGAAGAGGCGGCCCAUGCCCCAAGCCAGGCCCUCCACAGCACCAGAGUCCCUGGAGAUGUGAAAUCAGAAGUGGUGGCCCUGUCCGGCAUGAUGGUUCACCAUGCGCAGAGCUCUCCUGUGGUCAUCCAGCCCUCCCAGCACUCUUCAGCCCUGCCGAAUCCUGCCCAGAAUGUGCCUGGGCUGACAGGGCCACGCACAGCCAGUCCUCCAGGGGUCACACAGGAAGUAACCCCUGUGAUGCAGUCAGCUCCUACCCCACAGUCCCCUCAGGCGCCCAUGAAUGGCUCUGCUCUGCAGAGCUUGUUCAUUGAGGAAAUCCACAGUGUGAGUGCCAAGAACAGGACGGUGUCCAUCGAGAAAGCAGAAAGAAAAUGGGAAGAGAAAAGGCAAAAUCUGGAGCACUAUAAUGGGAAGGAGUUUGAGAAGCUUCUGGAAGAAGCUCAGGCCAACAUCAUGAAGUCGAUCCCAAACCUGGAAAUGCCACCAGCUUCAGGCCCACCACCAAAGGGGGAUGCCUCAGUGGACAAGCCAGAGAUGUCAGAAGACUCUCCAAAUUCAGAACAGGACUUGGACAAGCUGGGAGGAAAAUCACCCCCUCCCCCACCCCCACCCCCUCGGCGAAGCUACUUGCCGGGAUCAGGGCUCACCACCACGAGGUCGGGUGAUGUGGUCUACACCAGCAGGAAGGAGAGCACCGUUUCUAAGGCAAGUGGUGAUGAUGCUGGCCCAAGCCCACAGAGUCGAGCCACAAAAUGCCCCACAGAGGAGCCCACCGCGUCCUGGACCCCGACCCCACCGCCAGUCAUUACCGCUUCUUCAAAGGGCGAUGAGGAGGAGGAAGAAGAAGGAGACAAAAUAAUGGCAGAGCUCCAGGCAUUCCAGAAGUGUUCCUUUAUGGAUGUAAAUCCAAACAGUCAUGCUGAACAGUCCCGGGCUGACAGUCACGUUAAAGACCCUAGGCCAGGCGUCACAGCCCCACCCAAGGAGAAGAAGGGCAUUUUUGGAAGUUGGAGGACAAAACCAGCCCAGAAUUUGGAAUUUUUCCAUGAAGAUGUUCGAAAAUCUGAUGUUGAAUGUGAAAAUGGCCCCCAAAUGGAAUCUCAGAAGGUUACCACAGGGGUUCAAAGACCUAGUGACCCUCCCAAGUGGGAAACAGGACUGGAGAAUAGUAUUCCUGAUGAAUCAAGAACAUCCGAAUAUAAACCUGACAAGUUAGUGAAGGAAAGUUCCAUGUCCAAUAAAAGUUUAUUCAGGGACAGUAGAAACUAUUCCCAGAAAAAUGUGCCUAUGGUCACUUUCAAUUUCACUGGCACGAAUUCAUUAGAAGAUGAAAUAAACAAAGGGCCUAAAGUCUCAGGACUGCAGCACCCUCUACCUGACACUGACUGUCUGAAGGUGACUUAUGGAAAGACAAAAGAGAUGGGUGAACAAGGACAAGAAAAUACAGUCAAGAUUCACAUUCUUUCCCCCGUGAGAUCAACAGAAUCCAGUAUCCGAGAUGUCCAAACACAAGAUCAAGAAGUUCUCACAACAGAUUUCGGCCAGGUUGUGCUAAGACCCAAAGGGACAAGGCAUAUGAGUGUAACCUCUCAUGAGAACGGAGAGCCAGCCCCGAGUUCUCCCACUGAAGAAAACACAGCCACCGACAACAUUGCCUUCAUGAUCACCAAAACUGCUGUCCAGGUUCUGUCCAGUGGCGAGGUCCACGAUAUAGUGAGCCAGAAGGGACAGGACGUACAGACUGUUAAUAUCAAUUCCAAAAGAGAGACAACAUCCCAGCAAGAAGGGGCAGAACAGGAAGAGCCAGUUGUGUGUCUGGACAAGAAACCAGUCAUCAUCAUUUUCGAGGAACCCAUGGACAUCCGGUCUGCCUAUAAGAGACUUUCAACCAUCUUUGAGGAAUGUGAUGAAGAACUAGAGAAAAUGAUGACAGAGGACAAGAUAGAGGAGGAGGAGGAAGAAGAGGAAAAUGGAGACCCUGCAGUCCAGGGUAACUCUUCCCAGAAGUCUCCCCCGCAGGUUGCCUCUGACCAUCUUGCCCUGGGACAGCAGGAGGAAGCAAAAUUCCAGCCACACUUCCUGUCCACAGAGACCAAGACCCCAGGGAGACAGGAAAUGAAUAAAAGCGAGCAGAGCAUGCCCAGCCCGGUAGACUCUCCUAAUGCAGACAGCAAAGGUGACAUGGCUGAGGACCAAUAUGAAAGCCCCAAGAAAAAGUUUAAAUUCAAGUUCCCUAAAAAGCAGCUCGCUGCUCUCACUCAAGCGAUCCGCACAGGAACCAAAACGGGGAAGAAGACCCUGCAGGUGGUGGUCUACGAAGAGGAGGAAGAGGAUGGCACUCUGAAGCAGCACAAAGAAGCCAAGCGAUUCGAAAUUACCAGGUCACAACCCGAGGACACCUUGAAGGAUCCAGCCAGGAGGCCAGAGCCUGGUCUAGAGAACACAAGUCAGAUUUCCAGAACUGAUGAGAUUAGGAAAAAUACCUACAGAACGCUGGACAGCCUGGAGCAGACCAUUAAACAGCUGGAAAACACAAUCAGUGAGAUGAGUCCCAAAGCCCUAGGUGAAACUUCCUGUUCUUCCAACAGAGAUUCCUUGGCCAGCUCAUCCCACAUGGCCCACGAGGCCUCUCCCCGAAACUUGCUAGUUCUGGAUGAAGCCCCCCCUGCCCUAGAGCCCCCCACGUCAGUAUCUUCAGCUUCACGUAAGGUCUCCAGUGGGACCCCACAGACGAGCCGCAUGCCAGUCCCUAUGAGUUCCAAGAGCCGACCUGGCAGCCUAGACAAACCCAGCAAGCAAUCCAAACUGCAGGAUCCCCGCCAAUACCGUCAGGCUAAUGGAAGUGCUAAGAAAGCUGGUGGGGACUGUAAGCCUGCUUCCCCGUCCCUCCCCGCCUCUAAGAUCCCCGCCCUCUCCCCCAGCUCCGGCAAAGGCGGCUCCCUGCCCUCCGCCGGCGGGGACGCCUCCAACCCGCCCGCCCCGCCCGCUGCCAAGCCGUCGGUGGCUGCUAACCCGCUCAGCCCACAAACAGGCCGGCCCGCGCACCCCUCCGCCUCCCUCAUCCCUUCCGUCUCUAACGGCUCCUUAAAGUUUCAGAGUGCCGCCCACCCCGGGAAGAGCCACCCCCUCUUCUCGGCGCAGACCCCCGCCUGCCCGUCCCCGCCCUCGCCCGCCUCGCCCCCCGCCCCGGCCCAGGGCGCCCGCCCCAGGACUGCGCACACGCCCGCCCUCGCCGGCCACAAGGCGCACAACGGAAGCGCGAGCAGAGCCGCCGCCGCGGCCCCGGCCCCGGCCAAGGAAACCUCCUAACGGCCCUCCUAGUAGGCACAAGCUGGAAUCACACUUCUUUUAAUCCUUUUUUUCCCCGCAGUCUGCAACUGUUUUCACCAGAGAAUGUAAAAAUAUUACUGUACCGUUGAGGCUUAAUGCAAAGUAUGUGCUAAGUACUGGAUGGCUAGAUCUCAGUAAGGCUUGUUUCGUUUCGUUUUUACUUUGUUCCUGUUGUAACUGCAUAGUGUUCACUGUCUAGACUCAGUAUCUAUCAAAUGAAGUAAGCAUGUGCUACCAACAGAGAGGAUGGUGAGAGCAGAGAAGUGCGAGAGACACAAUUGUAUGAAGCAUGUAAAACAUGUAUGAUUCCAGAAUUUUAGUACGUUUUGUAUGAAGCUAUUUUUCAUUAUGGAGAUUAGAAGUGAACAGAGAAAUACACAAGUGUGACUAUAUAAAUUGUAAAACAGAUACUAUAGUAUUUCCUUUUAUUUUAGUGUUAUUUAGCUUUAUUACAGAUUUCUAUUUUUGUCAAAACUCCAUGGUUCCUUUCAAGAUCUUUUUUGCCAAAACAUUUUGAUACUAUAGCAUUGUACAUUUGAAAGUAGUGUGCUAGAUGAUAAGCCAAUGAACUUCUCCGUGAGCCAGCAGGGAGGUGUAUGUAGGAAGAAUUUAUCACAACUAUUGCACUGCCAUGAAAAGUAUGUAUAGUAAUUUGUUAGCCCAAGCAAGCUAAUUUUCUUUGCUCUUUUUUCUUCCUUUUAAAUUUUUUUUAAAAUUUUAUUUUUAACAUAUUGAGAGUCUUAGACUAGUCCCUUCCUUUGUUUUCUGAGACCUGGUCACCCACACUAUUAUAUUGUGGAUUUUAAAAUGUACACUUCUGUACGGUUCUGUAAACUGAUCAACUUUUGUAAAUAUAUAAAUAUAAAUAGACAUCAAAAUACUGUAUGUGACCACACAUAGAGUAGUUUUCCCACACCAAAGUUAAUUUUUAUGCAUGCUUUAAAAAUAUAUAUGGGGAUGGGUAGAAAUGAGACUAUCUGCACAUUUUUAAAAAGCAACAAGUUUGCACAGUUGGAGUGUUUUUGUAAAUAAAUGUAUUUGUAUAACACAGUCAUGUAAUAUACAGAACUAUAAGCAGAGACUUUGCAAAACCAAAUAAAGGGCUGCAUGCUUAUUAUUUUUUGUACCUUGUCACUACAGUUCCUGGUCAGAGAACAACAUGUAACUAUUACUAGAGUAAGUGUUCCAGCUUCAGGGCAUUAUAAUGAUCAUGUAACACAUCCACUCAGAUGGUCCUGCUUUUCUGAAAGUGCUGGGGUGACCGAGAGAGCCUAAUAAAUUCAUCGCAAGUGUGGCACCUCGGACGUGAACUGCUGACUCUUUCCUGUGGCCGCUCGGGCUCUGGCUGACCGAAAACAAGGCAGAAUGCUCAGAGUCGCCCUCACCUCUCCAAGCAACCCUUGCUGCUUUCUCUCUCACUUCUUAUCUGGCACAAAUAAAGUGGAAAUAAAAUGUC